AUGGAUAACAGAUUUGACAACAACAACAACAACAACAACAACAUGUGCAGGCACAGGGGUGCGAUGAGUGUGAGACUCUACAGGACAGCACAGACCACUCCCUUCUUGAAUGAACCAUGCUUCCAAGAACAUUUACCAGAAUCAUUUGCAAGGCACAGGAGGCUCGUGACAGCUGAGGUGCUGCCAGGUGCGAGUGGACUCUGGGUGAGGUGCUCCCUUCCCUAAUCUGGUCACCCCACUUUUUUCCCUCUUUGUUGCUGCUCUCACAUGGUUUUUAACAUAGUCAUCUCAGCAAUGGGGCUUUACAGACUUUACAAUUCUAUGAUUUCAUACAUAAAUCCCUUUCAUCUCAUUUUCACAUUGGUCUGCAAACUUUUUUUGUGUAAAAAACCCCCUGCAUAAUAUUUUGCACAAAAUAUUAUUCAAAUAGUAUAUAUAUUCCAUCACAAAAUACAUUUAAUUAUGGGAUCUGUGGGGAAAGCCUUGCUGAUUGUGUCAUGGCCACCAGAAGUCCAUCUUGCUAGCUACAUGGCGACGGGCCUUCUUUGUGGUGGCACCUACCCUAUGGAGGAACCUCACUUCAGAGAUUAGGCCAGCACCAACAGCUGAGUGCUUUUACCACCCAUCAGAGGAUCCCCUUUUCACCCAAGCAUUCUCUAGCCACCAAUCGCAGUACUUCAGCACCUUCAACAGCUGAAAACUUAUGGUUUUCAAACACUUCCUGCUGGUGUUUCGUUGUAAUGUUUUAUUACAGCAUUACUGCUGUCUGAUGGUUGUGAAUGCUUUGGUAGCCACUGAAUGAAAAUGACUGAAAAAACAAACAAACUUUUUUCUGUUCCUUUUAAGUUCAAACCCGAGACUGUGAUGUCUGAAGGAUAAUUGCAUUGGUCUGGGAGGCGCAGAUCAAGUUUGCACCGUUAACUCGAAUUCGUCAAGCAUCCCUAAGUGCACUAAAAUAUUCAGAACUGUAGCCAUUUACAUAGAACUUGAUUAAACCAUUCUAAUAUAUGGAGCUUUACUUUUUCCCCAGGCCCUGUGCUUUGGUUACAGUUAUGUGCUUCUACAUUUAACUGAAGUUUUGCCAGACAGCUGAGGCCUUGCAUACAUCAGACAUACAUGCAACCUCUAUGUGCUUCUAAGUAGAGCACUGCUUCUGAUUAUUUCAAGUACAGGUAGGUAAAAUGCACCCGUGAGAACUCAUUCAAAGUUAAUAAGGUCCAGACAGAUACAGUUCCUGCGUUGCUUUCAUCUUUACUUUCCUCUUCUAGCAGCCAUUUCAGCUGAAAGCUGUGAACGGUGCUCAUCAGCCUCCAGCCAAAAGAGGGAACCCUCACGAGAAACUUUUUUUAAAUGAAAGAAACCACAUCAAUCCAAAAGGAAAACACCAGUGACUCUAUUUGUGAGGGUUCCCCCUUCUUCCCCCACCCCUCCACCCCCAGCAGAGGAAUUCCCCUUGAGAUCUGUAAACAUGUUUAUCUCGAGGAUGCGAAGCUGAGAAGGCAACGUGACCCAGGAGGACCAAACGCUCAUUGAGGAAGAAGAGGUGGCCUUGCUAGGAAUCGCUCAAAACUUACGGGACCUUUCUAAUGUUGGUGAGACCAGUCCUGGUGAGAUGGGAGGGGCGAGCCAGCAAAGUUCAAGAGCACGGAUGGGUAGCAGGGAGGUUGCACCUCAUGGUAACUCCAGAUAAUGUUGUUUACUGGUCCUUCGGAAAAAAAGUUGCAUCUAGACCCACCAGGAACACCCCUGAUGCCAGGUGGUCCGGCAAGAUUAAAGCAGCAGCCAUGAGUCAGGACUUUGAAGCUCCUCUGGAGAGCUCUCUCGUCUCAUUACCGCCUGUUGCAGGCUGUAGGGAACCGCUAAGGAGACAGGGGUUCCACAGAGCGGCAGAAAGACCCCUGGCUUGAACCUUCUCUGCCUUCCCAUCGAGGUCUCUCUGCAAGCAUACAGGUAGGGGAGCUUAUAUAAUAAGUUGGUUCUUCAAGGGAGCCUAUGGAGGGGGCUGAGGGUGGAGAUUGCUGGACAUGGAAGGGAGGGCAAUGUGAGAGGAGGGAGAAGAGGCUGCUCUUGGAAGGGGCCAAGGAACCCUUUGAGAAGCUUGGUGCCUACAAAAAAUCCCAGUUGGCCAUUCUUGCUGUGACUGAUGGAAGUUGUAGUUCCCCAUACCUUCUUCAGAGCAUUUAUUCUAAAUUGUUGUUGUUUAGUCGUUUAGUCGUGUCCGACUCUUCGUGACCCCAUGGACCAGAGCACGCCAGGCACUCCUGUCUUCCACUGCUUCCCGCAGUUUGGUCAAACUCAUGCUGGUAGCUUCGAGAACACUGUCCAACCAUCUCGUCCUCUGUCGUCUCCUUCUCCUUGUGCCCUCCAUCUUUCCCAACAUCAGGGUCUUUUCCAGGGAGUCUUCUCUUCUCAUGAGGUGGCCAAAGUAUUGGAGCCUCAGCUUCACAGUCUGUCCUUCCAGUGAGCACUCAGGGCUGAUUUCCUUAAGAAUGGAUACGUUUGAUCUUCUUGCAGUCCAUGGGACUCUCAAGAGUCUCCUCCAGCACCAUAAUUCAAAAGCAUCAAUUCUUCGGCGAUUAUUCUAAAUACUCCCCCCCAAAAAAAAAUCUCAAGGAGGUUUGAGGAGCCUCCAACAAUUUUUCUCCACCAGCUGUUUGGUCUUUGCUUGGACUUCUGAGGCAUGUCCCAUCUUUGCUUCUCUCUCUUUCUUAGGAAAGUAGUUGCAGGUUACUGCUUUUUUUUCCCCUGCAAAGAAAGGAACCUGCUUUGUGUGCUUGCAAAAGUUGGUUGGUUUCCUCUUUGCGAUGUGCAGCUCCUUGUUUCUGGUGUGGGUCUGCAAGCUGUCGACAGCAUCCUUUUCAACGCUCUAGUCUUCAAAAGGAGGGGGUGGAGGUCACAGUGUACAAACCCUUCUGUAAUGAAAUGUUGGGAUACUUUAUGGAAGGUUGUAAAUGUUGAAGAGCUAUGAAUGUCACUUUUGGACAAACAAGGAGUUUGUAAGAAGUUAGCAUCUCUCUUCCAUUGAUGCUUUCCUAUGAGAAUAAUGAAAUUGCCUUGCUGGAUCCGACCAAAGGUCUGUUUAAGAUUCAUGCCUACCUCAGAGUAAGUCCCACUGUACUCAGUGGGGCUUAUUUCUGAGGAGACACAUAUAGGAUCAGACUGUUAGUCCAACCCCCUCUCUCUGAACAGUGACCGGCUAGAUUAAGAACAUAAAAACAGCCCUGCUGAAUUAGGCCAAUGACCCAUCCAGUCCAACAUCCUGUUCUCACAAUGACCAAUCAGAUAUUUAUGGGAAGCCCAAAAGCAAGACCUUAGUGCAACAGCACCUUCCCUGGCUCCAGCUUCCAACAAGGGAGGCAGAAUAUAUCCAUUGUGGCCAAAGUACUCUGGGAAGUUUGUAAUCAAACCAACUCUCAUAAUUGAUAUACUUAUCCCUUGUGAAUUCAUAUUCCCUUUUGCAAAACCUGUCUAAGCAAAUGGUCGUCGUCUCCAAAUGUUUUUGAAAUUCAUUCCAGAAGUUAAAGACAUUGGUGUUGUGGGAAGAAAUACUUCCUUUAGCUUGUCCUGAACCUAAUGCUUAUCAAAUCCAUUGGAUUACUCUGUGAUCUAUUUUUUGGGGGGGGGGGUUGGGGGUGCUGGGUGGUUUUUGUCUCUUCACUUUCUCUGCAACACCAUGUAUUUCUCUCCAUCCCUGGCUGACUUUAAAAUCAUGGAUAGAGAACAUGUGGUAAUAGAUACUGGACUCCAACUCCCAUGAGCCUCAGUCAAUGGUCUGCGAUGAUGGGAGUUGUAGUCCCUCCAGCACCCCAGCUUUAGCCCAUACAUUUAGCCCUACAUUUGCAUGGAACAUGCUCCAAUGCCUGCUCUUUUUAAGCUGUGCUUCUCUUUUAGCUUCACCAGCUUUACAGUGCCUUUUUAUCAGAUGAUGAAAAUGGAACUGCCUGGUGCUCUUGUUGCAUAGAAUAGUCAUUCCAUAGAGACAUAGUUGUCUAGUGACUAGGCUUUGCAAUAGGCGUAUUCUGACUAAAGUCAUGGAUUCUCUUAAAAAAAAACAACAACGGUAGGCGAGAGAUGUUUUGGAGAUAUCUGCCAUAGAUUACAGCUGGUUUCCAGCAUAGGAAGCUGCCUGAUGAUGAAUUGGACCAUUGGUUCAUGUAGUUCAGUAUUGCCUACACCAGCAGUGGGGAACCAUUUUCGGCCUGAGGGCCACCUUCCUCUCUGUGCAACUAUCUAAGGGCCACAUGCCAAAGGUGGGUGGAGCCAGAGGCAAACAUGGGCGGAGCAACAAAUGUAAGUUUCUCUGCAUACCCCUCUCUGUCCUCCAUGCAGGCAACCAAGAUGCAUUAUCUGAGUUCAAAGACACACCCCAGUCAUGUGACUGAAGAGUGGGUGUGGCCUGGGGAGAGUCUAGAGCAGCUUUUCUCAACCUUGGGUCACCAGAUAUUCUUGAGCUACAACUCCCUUCAUCUCUGACCUUUGGCCAUGUUGGAUAGGAAUGGUGUGAGUUGUAGUCCAGCACCGUCUAAGGACCCAAGGCUGAGAAAGGCUGGUUGACUCUAGAGGGCCAAAUAGAGAAGGCUGCAUCUGCCCCCCUCCACCAAGCCUAACAUUCUCCCAACAGAUCUACACUGGCUGGCAUUGGUGCUCCAGGAUUUCAGAUGGGAAUGUUCCCAGCCCUACCUAGAGACAUUUGGAAAUGAUCCCAGGCCCUUCUGCAUGCUCUAACACUGAGCUAUUCCUGCUUUCGAUAUCUCUUAGCAUCUAUUAGUCCAGAUUGCAGAAGGAAAUGGAGGCAUGAUGACUGAGGGCAGUGAUGGACAAACUUGGCUCUCCAUCUGUUUUGAGACUACAACUCCCACCAUCCCUAGCUAACAGGACCAGUGGUCAGGGUGAUGGGAAUUGUAGUCCAUAAACAGCUGGAGGGCCAAGUUUGGCCAUCACUGACCGAGGGUAACAAGGUGAAAAACUUUCAUAUGGGCAUGCUUGAGAACUGUUGAAGGAAGGAACUGUUGCUUGCUCAUGCUGGCUUUAGCUGAAGGUAGAAGAAGCAAAGCCUGCCAAUGGAGUGAGGUGUGGGGUGGUCUUCUGUAUGAGGAUUUGGCAGUGGAAGGAGGGGUGGAAGGGAGUCUGAGCAUUAACCCAUCUAGAAAUUAGAAAGCGGAGGGCAAACAGGAGAAUUGCUUGACUCACAGAGCUGGGCAAUACUCUGUGGGCCAUCACAUUCAAUGCUUUGUAUUUAAAUGGGACCGUGUGCCUAUAAAGCAUCUCAACAUGCACCUGUUCAGUCUUCCCUUUGUACACUUGCCAAUGAAGGGGUCUCUGCAGCAGCAGCAUCCCUCGGGGGCUUAGUCCAUUGCAGCAUUGCUUUUGCAGCUCCAUCAGCUGGUGCAUAAGGAGCUCAGCCCAGCUUGCGCAGGAGGGAAAAGAUAAAGUUUAUCUAAGGUGUGGUACCAUAGAACUCCAUUAACUUAACAUGCAGUCCCUCAAAGCUCUUUUUUUUUAAAGAGCCAAAUUAGGUAUUACAUAAAAGCUCAAAUUGUGGACUGGAGCACUUUGUACAUAUUGAUUAGCAACUAUCUGGGGUUUUUUGGGGGGGGAGGAAGUUGAUAAUUUGCAUCACCAGGGCAACAUUCCUUAUAGAGCUUCUUUUCUUAAAAUGAGAGCUGUGGUUGCUCAAGUUGAUGUGGAAGCCACAGGGACCCUCUAAACUGGAAGCCAAUUUUGCAGGGGUGGGGCCAAAGCUUAGAUAUGAUUGCAGUUUCUCAAUGGGACCAAGGAUUUUGCACAUGCCCAGAGACACUCAGUAAAUUGCUUCGUGUGAUUCCAGGGCUGGACUCCUGGCAAGAGACACCAGGUUGUGGGUCUAAGCCCUCCUGAGCCCUGCUUUGAAUUAUAUCUUGCCUUCCUCAUAGACUGGCUGGUACAGCAGGGCAAAUAGGGCUUGAGUGUGCAUAAGAAGUCCCUGAGGUUUGAAUAGCGAUCAGGAGAAAUACAUCAGUGUCCGCGUUUUUAUGCAAACCUACCCAACUUGCACUUUCCAAACCAAUAGUGAAUGAAAAUGCAGCUUUGAAACUUGCAUUUUGAAAUUUGCACCCUGUGGUGUAGUUCUCCAAACAAAGAAUGUACAUUAGAGAAAGGUGCAGAAUUUCACUAAUAUAGUUAAAAUAAUGUGCAAAAUGCAUCAUAUUAUGGUUAAAUUGCUUGUAAAAAUAUAUAUUUUUGUGACCUCAGCUGUUCUGCUGUGCCCUCAUAAAUGUUGGUGCUAGCAGCACAGGAGAGAGCAAUCUCUGUGGUAGUUCAGAAGUUGUGGAAUUCCCCCUCCCCCCUGCCGCCACCAAAAAUAGUGAUUCUGGCACUGCCAUUAUGCAGACACAUCUCUUUACCUCGGUUGAGGUAUAGACAUCUAAUUUGUUUUAAUCAGUUUUUAAUAUUGCAUUCUUAAACUGCUUGAAGCUGAUGGGGUGGUGAAGGGUUGGCAGGAAAUCAUUUUUUUAAAGAUUAAUUUAUAAUAAUAUCUUAGUCAAAAAUUGCAUACAUGAAAUUGUAUAUUAGAUAAAAGUCUCAAGGAAAUGCCCUUGAAUUUUCAUGUAGAGAACGGAACUGAAAGUUGGAAAAAUAUUGGUUUCCCAAUUUUCGAACCAAAGACUUCUUAGUUCGUAGCUCAGCCUGCUAGCUUCUAUGCUCUCCUAGACAGUGACUUUGCUGAGAUGCUGAAGAUAAGUUUGGCACGGAACAGCCCCUGCUUUUACCCCAUUGGAAAUUGGACCACAAAGGGGGUGCAGAAUCAAGAAAAGUCUGGCUUCUUGCAAUGGCUUUUUGCACUCUCUGGCUAGGUGACUAAGCAGAGACAAUUCCUUUAGUAUGCUAGGCUCCGGCAGCCCCCCUGACUCAGCAACUUUUGCUGAACAGCGCCUCCUAGUGCUUCAGAAAAUGUAUUUCAACUCAGUGUACGGUGAUGGGGGUGUGUGCGGCAAAUCCCAUGCUAGAGAUUAUUAGGAAAGGGACUGAAAAUUAACCUGCUAGCAUUGUUGAGAUUAAUAUGCCCUGGAGCCAAGUGAGGAUUCCCAGGUAAAAUCCUCCCUCUAUUGUGUGGGCAGGUAAUCCCUCCCCCUACCUGGCCUGGUCUCCUUGGCAACGCUUCCCCCAGGUGGGAUUGGACAACUGACUGAGGUAGGCGGGGACCUCCAGGUAUCCCACCUGAGGGAAGGCAAAGCCAAGCCUAUGCUGAUGGGGCCGCUCCAGAUCUAGGGCUGCGCGCGUCCACGCAAAGGGCGCCCCCCGUUUUAAGCGGGGAGCGGUCAUUGUUGAGAUUAAUAUGUCUUCAUAUAAAUCUGUAAUGCAGCUGCACAGUUCUGAACAAAUCAUCUAAAAAAAAGAUAUCACAGAACUGGAAAAAGGUGCAGAAAAGUGUAACAAAUAUGAUCAGGGCCUGCUGGACACCUGUUCUAUGGGGAAAGGUUGACGCAUUUGGGUCUUUUUAGAUGACUGAAUGGGACACCAUGGAAGAUUAUAAAAUAAUUCUUGAUAAGAAGAAUAUGAAUAUUUUUUUCUCUUCCUCCGAUCAUGCAAGGUUUUUAUAUAUAUAUUGUUUGGUUUCAAAACAAGCUGCACAAAUAUUAAAAUAAAUUCCCAUAAUAAAAAAUAUACAGUAAAACAAUGUUAAAAUAUUAAAAUAGAAAUAUAUUUUAAUAUAAGCAGCUUGAGGUUAUUUGGUUAAACUAAUUGGUGGUAGAUUCAGGAGAGAGAAAAUCCAUACACUGGCAUAACUUGCCCCUCCAUCUCAGGUCUCCAUAAGGGACAGCUACAUAUUCCCGCAUUGCAGGGGGUUGGACUAGAUGAUCCUCAGAGUUCCUUCCAACUCUAUGUUUCUAUGAUUCUGGCUCAGCCCAGCUAAACUGAAGCAACCUGAUCCAGGUGUAAGUCCCCACAAAACAGCAUUCUGUGGGCGUGAUGGGAGCAAGAGCAGAGAGGCUGGAUUCUAAAUAGAAUAAACCUGCAAACAGGAAGUGUUUAAUUAAAGGCAACAGAGCCUCUGCGCUUUGCCUUUCUGCAAUAGGCAAGUUAUGGGGCUAUUACAUUUUAUUAUCCCCAAAUCAGGUCUAGGUAAACACCAGGAGCCAACAGUGGGAUGCAAUGGGCAGAGACCUAUAUUUUCUGGAAGAUCCAUAAAAAGUGAGAAAACAAAGGAUGGUAAUUCCAAAGGAAAUGGCUAAAUCUGAAGCAACCAAAGAGAGGAUUCAAAUGGUUUGCUGUUGGUUAUAUUCAGCUGGUUAUAUUCACUGUAGGGCAGAGGGGCUGUAAGGACUUGUAGUGAUUGCCAUGGGAGUCUCUAGGUACCAUAUAGACAAAGUUGGCUUCUGUUUUCUUCCAAGAAAAAAGCAGGGCAGUCAAUAUGCUCUUAAGUUAUCUCUUCUAGGACAAAGACCCACAACUAUCAGUUCAUGAUCCUAAACUACCUAACUUGUUCAUCUUCCUUUCGGAUUUCCAACAGAUCCAGCCAACCAGGGGAUGUUACCUCCAGGCUAAGCGUUAGGAAGAGAACAAGAAGUACACGGAAAGAGUGGACGGAAGCCCAAAGGGAAUGACAGCUCAGACGCAGGUGGGGAAAAACAAAAACAAAGACUACACUUCCAUAAGAAUGUUGUGGGUGAAGCUUAAAAAUGAGGACUAGCGCCUUGAACUUUGUGCAAAGAAUGUCAGGUUACCCCUGUUAGGCUAACACAGAGGUUUGUGAUCAAGAACAUUUAAUAGCUGCUUUAUAGAGUAUUUAAAUGAUAAUUCCUUUGUCUUCCCCCUCCUCCCGUGCCAGGACUAUGAAGCUGACAUUCAGAGGGAAAUAGAUAUUGAAGGAUACGACGACCCUGCAGUGAAACACUCCAACAUGUCGCUUGCAACCGAAAGCGGUGAGUAAUCCAAAUCCCUUGAAGAAGAAGAGAAACAAGAUCUUCACUGGCCAAGCAAAGAAGUGAGAAAUCACACUGCAGGAGCCUUGCAAACAGCAACCUAGAAUUUAGUGUUUCAGGAUGUACCUGAGUAAGCCUGACUAAGAUGGAAUCUGGAAACAGGAACACAAACAUCUUUGACAGGCAUUCCAGCUUGGAAGGAACACAUGGGCUGAAUUACAGCGUCCUCACAUCUAAAUUAAUUCAAGGAAAUUCAGAUUGUAUUGAGGUUUCCAAACUAUGUUUGGAGUUUUGUCGUAAGCUUAUUGAAGUUCCUCAAUAAGGAGAUCAGUAAUGAAAGACAAGACAAAUUUCCCAGGAAAGGAGCUUGCUUCCACCACCUCUCUUUCCUUACAGUUUGUUACCUAGGGAGUGUCUUGGGUAAAUUCUAGCUAGGAAAUGUGGAAAGAAAUUUGCUUCGGUUCAUCUUUUCAUGUGAACCUACCUAAUGCAUUGUUCAUGAAACAAUGUGCAAAUAGAAAAAAACCACCAUCAUCAUUUGAAAUUCACACUUCUCUGAAUUUUGCGAUGCAGUUCUCCAAUGUGCAAAAAUGCACAUAUUGGGAGGGGGAAAUAUACAUCAAAUUACAUAUAUUAAUGAAAAAAACCUAAUGCAUUUGUGCACCUUAAAGAAAAUUGCUUGCAGAAAUGUGUACAUUAUGCCAAAGUGCAUAGGAAAAGGUGUGUAUUAGGUGAAUAUUCAUGAGGAAUUGCAAACUGAUGCAGAAAUGUGGCAAAUUGAAUUUAAUAUUGGAAAAAGGAGAAAGUUAGAGAAAGAGAAAUGCUCAAAUUCAGCCCUCCCUAACUGAGCAUGGCUAAUUUACCCAGGACAAUGGCAGAGCCAGAGUACAGUUGCCUGGCCGGUUCCUUGCUCCUUAAACAUCAAUGGAGUGUGGAAUGUGCACUGGAUUUCAGUGUCCUCUGCAGCGACACACCAGGUCUCCACGGCAGAAGCUCAGGGAGGUUUCUCAGCAGGCAAAUCAUUAUGGGAAGGAUUCCCUGGAAAACUGCAGCAGGGACAAAGAGUUAAGUCCCCUCUGUGCUCCAUGUCAGGGUCUCAGUCCAGAGCAGCUCCCCUCCCUCCCCCAAGACACAGCCCCCAACUAUGAGAGGAGCAAUUCUUAAAGGCGGAAUCAUGUGAGCAACCUAAUGUAUAAUGUUAGAUUGAAAGAAAGAUAGGUGUCGAGGGGAGAUUGUGUUGCACUGGGAAGGGGCGGGGGGGGUGAGAAGGGAUGAAGGAGGCAUGCUACUUCAGGUGAACCAACUGCUAAUUACUGUUUGACCUCUGAACUUGCUGUAAGAAGAAUGACCCAAGGUGGAAGCAGUGGAUAAGCAAAGGAUCUACUGGCUCGUCUCGCCUCUGUUUCUUGUUACUAACUGCCUAAAUGGUCUUGUACCCAAACUCUGAAAGAUCUGCUGCAGCGCAUCUCUAUUUCACUUGCUCUAACCAGUGCAGAUUCACCCCAAAUGCGCCUUCUUGACUCGUUCUCGGCAGCUUCCUUCCCAGUGCAAAUAGAACCUGGGUCAGAUGAGCAGAGGUGGCCCUAGAAUUGGGCGGAGAGAGGCAGCUGUCUCCGGUGGCAGACACAGGGGGGCGGGGAGGUGAGGAAGGUCUGUUGCAGUGAAUGUACGUUGCAUGCAGAAGGUCCCAGGUUCGAUUCCUGACACCUCCAGAUAGGGUUGGGAAUCUCCAGUUCUUGAAACCUUGGAGAGCCACUUCCAAUCAAUGUGGGUGGACCAAUGGUUUGAUGUUGGCAGUCAGCUAGAUGGACCAAAGAUCUGACUUGGAUAUAUAUAGAGGGCCUUUCUAUGCGCUAUUCCCAAUUCCACAUGUUGUCUUCUAUGUUGGAUUUAUGCUCCAUGGGGAUAGGAGCGUUCCUGAACUUGAUACGUCUUAGCAUUGCAUUCAAUGGUGGCAUUUGGGUUGUGGCAGUGGCAAUGGCAUUCGCUGGAAACACGUACCCUUGUCAUAAAAUGAUUCUGAACAACCAUACAUGAAAAUACAUAAAACCCAGCACAUUUUGCAUACCAUGUUAGGCUUGCUAUUUGUGUUUGGGUUCUUACACACUUUCUUAAUUCCUAGUUCUUAUUCACAUCCCUCUUCCCUUGCAGUGGGAGAGGGCAGAAUGGGGACCAUGUGUGCAUGUAGAAGAGAGAAACUCUUCUAUCACAGAGUUUAUACCAAGGUUUCAAACCAUGGUCAGGACCUUGUUUUCAUUCAGAUCCCUCUGUUCCCAUCCACACAAUAAAUUCAAAGCAUUCUUAUAGCUUUGGACAGUCAUGGCCUCCCCCCAAAGAAUCCUGGGAACUAACAAAAAUACAGCCCGUAACAAAAUACAGUUCGCGGGCUUUUAAUAUUAAUGACCAGUAUCAAAAGCUUCUCUCUCUUAAAGUUGUUGUGAAAGAAAGUGCAAUAAAUGAUGGGAAGCACUAUGCAAAACAAGUCACAAAAAACGCAGUGCUAAUCUUAGUAGUAAGUGGCAGUGCUGCCUGGGUUGAACAGAUAGUUGUUGUGCCUGUGAGCUGGACCAUGUCUCUUGCUUACAAUUUUCUGGUUGCUGUUUGUGUGUUCCAAGCAAUGGCCUUGAGUUCUGGCAUCCUCUGCUUUCCCAUUCCCCAACCUGUUGUCUUGGGACAGGAAUGGUGUGUGAUACAAAGAAUGAAGGCUAGCACUUUUCUCCUCCUCCCAGAGUCACAUCCUCAUCAUACGUUUCAAGCACAUCGUCAGCCUGGAUAGCUCAGUUGGUUAGAGCAUGCUGCGGAUAACACCAAGGUUGCAGGUUCGAUCCCCCUAUGGGACAGCUGCCUAUUCCUGCAUUGGUGGGAGUUGAACUAAAUAAUCCUCAGGGAGCCUUCCAACUCUACAACUGUAUGAUUCUAUGAAGCAACUGGCUUCCCUCAAAGAAUCGGGGGCCUGUAGUUUAACCCUCACAGGGCUACAAUUCCCAGCACCCUUAACCAACUGCAGUUCCCAGGAUUCCUUAAGGGUGCUGAAUGUAUGGUAUGGAUGUGGCCUGUGUUCUCUAGGGGACUGAGCUGAGCAACUUGUGUACUGGCUCCUUUCAGACAUUUCUGAAUUUAGAGUAAGAGUUCAUUUCCCCUGCACAGCUCUUUACCCCUUCCUCAAGAAGGCAGGCAGGUCAGCUCCAAAGGCAGACAUUCUUCAACCUAGGCAUGAUGCUAAAAGAAGUUUUGCAGGAAAGCAACCAGAUUAUGAACCCCGUAAUCACCUUCAGCAUGACUUAAUGACACUUUGCCCAUACCCUGCUGGGUCUGCAUCCCCUUAGUUCAUGCCAAAGCAUUUCAGAGUGUUACCUGGCUGUGACAGUGGAGUAAUUUUUGCAAAACAAACCCUAGUCAAGGAACCAGGGGCCCAUGUUGUCCUCCCACCUCCACCCCCCAUUUCUGUACUUUCAGAUCACCAAGUCAGCGCUUGCCAGCGUCUCUUUAUGGUGUGUGUCUCUUUCUGUCGUUCCUCCUGGCCUGGUCACCGCCGGAGAGCGUAUCACCUGAGUAGGAGAAGGAGGAUGGAAAGGGUAUCCCCCUCAGGGAAGGCAGGACACUUUCAGAGCUGUGAGGACAAUGGACCAAGUGAGUGCCAUGCGGUGGCAUUUUCAGUGCAGUGAUGAUGUUGUGUAGUAGCUAAAAGAUUGAGCUGCAAAACCAGGUUUUCCCUUUUUAAACAAAAACAAAAACAUUCUGCCUCUGCCAUGAACUAACUCAUACUAAGUGACCUUAGGCAAGCUAACAUUGUGUAACACCCGUACCAUAUAUUGAAAGCACCUGGCUUCCCCCCAAAACCCUGUGAACUGUAGAUCACCCCUCACAGAACUAUUGCAAGGAAGGUUAUGAAGAGAGUUAUUAGUUAAGAUAAUUAAAAGUAACAGUGAAAUUAAGAAAUGCAAAUUAAGUGAAAAAGACUGGAAAAUUUUCAGAUGUGAUUGAUGGAAGUCUAAAAAUUGUAUAAGAUAUGAAAUUAUGUUAAAUGACUGUUGAAAAUGAUAUGUUAAAAACUAAUAAAAAGGAAAAAAGAAAGCACGUGGCUUCUCCCAAAGAACCCUGGGAACUGUAGAUCACCCCUCACAGAACUACAAUUCCCAGUACCCUUAACAAACUACAGUUCCCAGGAUUCUUUGGGGGAAGAUGUAUGACCUUGGUCUCAGUUUCCUAUCUGCACUAUGGGGGGGAAUAAUACUAAUUUACUUCAUAGUAACACUUCUGAAUACCAGUUACUGGGAACCACAGGAGGGGAGAGGGCUCUUGCGCUCGAAUCCUGCUUGCUGGUUUCCCACAGGCAUCUGGUUGGCCACUGUGAGAACAGGAUGCUGAACGAAAUGGCUCUCUGGCCUGAUCCAGCAGGUUCUUCUUAUCUUCUUCAUACAUACUGUGCAGUUGAAUACUGUAGCUUCAAUCUAAGCAGUGAGCAAUAUGGAUAGAACAUACAGCAUAAAAUCAAUUAAAAUUAAGCAUACGGAUUGUAUGGGAAGUGCUUUGAAGACUCUAAAGGUUUGGUAUAACUGUUCAAAACAAUUAAGGUGGCACCUUCAGAAAUGAAUUGUGAGGGGGAAGAGUGCAAAAUUCCUGGGUAAUUAGCAGAGAAAUCAUCUCAGCCUCACAGAUAAUUGUAAAGAACGCUUUUUUAAAAACAGUCAAAAACCCACACCAAAGUUUUAAAAGAAUUCUGCAGUCUGAGUGCACCAUGCAAAUAAUUUAUGGAAAUGAGUGCAGACCUAUGCACGUUACAGAAUUACUUUUAAGUUCCCUUCUGGCUUCUGUUAUUUCUGCAGGCAUUGCCAAUAUGAUUUGAAACCUAUCUUUGCAGCUGUGACAGCUAGAAACUUGCAUAUACAUAUAUAUAUACAGAGAGAGAGAAAGAGAGAGAAAUUAAACAUUACAUGCGAAGAUGUGAAAGAAAGCCGUCAUGGGUGCUUUUUGUUUUUUUACAAAAACAGUGGCAUUGGGAGAAUGAAGGAACAUUAGUGAAAGAUAUUUAACAUUUUCACCACCGCUAAUGUUCCAAUCCAAAUGGUGACACCCCACCUCCUGACUUCCUUUCCCCACAGUUACAGAAGUAUGUAUGUAUAUGGGGGAAAUAACGGAAAAACAUCAGGAAUCCCACGAGGGGUAGAGCAGGGCAAUAUGGUGUAGGUAUGCCCACUGGAUAAAGAUCUACAGACCUAUGCAGCUAAAUACUACUCCCUGUUCUCUUGCGUCUCUGCUCAGAAUCAUGCCCUCUCAAGGUCACUGGCAAAAUGUUUAAGACUGAGGCUUUUUGAACCUUGGAGAGGUAAAUAGGCCCAGCUGAUUGGCACUGGGAACAGCUGAGGAGCAAGCCAAUCACUGCAGUCCUUGGCUGUGUCCAGCACCAAUCACCUGAGGAAAGGUGAACAGGUGAACAGUGGUGUUGCAGUAAUCCCCCCCCUGCCUCCCCCCCACUGGCUAUCUCAUUGGUGCAAGGAAUAGCUGAGGAGUGUACACACCAAUUUUUGAUCAAGUGUUGAUCAGUGAUCAGUGCCAAAGACCUGGGGAGGGGAACUGUGGGCCACAUAGAAGUCAGCCAAGGGCCACAUUAUGGUAUGCAGGUUGCCCUUAUGUGAUAUAGGACCACACCCCAGCCAAUCAGAAGGCUGGGCUGGGAGCCAAUCUGGGCUAAAGGUUACCUGAGAUGCUUUAUGACCGGGACUAUGACCUCUGCUUCUCGUCCUGUGGAAGCUGGUCCAUACCGGACAGCAGCCACCUUACAUUUUGCUCUGUGAGUUUUUUCUCCUUAUCAGGCAAUCAGUAACCCACAAGGAUGUUUGCUUUCAGCUUCUCCUUGAAUGCUUCUGCUAUUGAUGAUAAAUAAAGAUUUUGUUUGAAAUGAAGACAGAAGCCAUUGGGUGCGAGCUGUUUCUGUUUACAGUUGGUUAAAAGCAGCUCUUUGGGUUAUUGGUGUGUAUGUGUGUGUGAGAGAACGGAUGAAUGUGAGCAAUAUGAAGAACCAUUUAACACUGUUUCAGUGUAGGCAGUUGCCUGACUCCAUCACUCUCAACAUCAUAAUUUUUUUAGCACCAUCAGUGUGCAAAUGGUGGUUUGCAGAGUGAACAUGACCCAAAGUGCAGCUGGCUGCCACAACAAACUGAGAAAUUCUUUUUGAACAAUGGAAAUAAGGAUGGUGGAGGGAUGGUGGACGUAAUAGAUAUGUCCAAACACAGUUACACAAAGUGAAGAUUCAGUUCAGGAUGAAGACUAAGGGGGAUAAAUCAAAGAUCUAAGGAGUUUUGAGGCAGGAUUUGAAGUGGGAGGGAGGUAGUGGUUUGGAAAGGAGCUCCAGACCAGACACAGGGGGCAGCAAAAGAUGAUGGUUGGAUGUGUUUAAGGCAGUAGGUGGUAUCCAUCCACUAAUGCAAGGAUUUCAGCUUGCUCAACGCAAGUUCCCCUACUUCUCCUCCAAAGGCACUCAGUGACUGGUAAAUGCCAGGCACGUGUUUCUAACUUUUGUAAGAUUAAAUAUUAUUGAAUUUUAAUUAAUUUGAUGUUGUCUAUAAUUUGAUUCUAGCUGCUAUGCAAUUAUUUACACACACACAGGCAGCCUUAGGUUCCCUUGCCACAACAUUUCUUGCUACACACCUGAGUGAAGCCUGCCCCCCUAGAGCUCCUGCUCAGUUCCCUCCCCACAACUGAGCUUUCCGAGAAGUUGCCAGACAUCAUCCAGGCACUUUCAAGCCAUACUUUGUCAUUUUAAGGACCAGAGACUUGCAGAAGGAAGGCAAGAAAACAAGCAAGCAAACUGAGGUUCUCAGGGUUCUCAAUUCUGUAUCCCGUGUGCAAGUUUCUAUGCUCGUGCAGUGCAAUUUCCAAAGUUUGGAACAGACGCAGUUUCAGCACAGUAACAGUUAAAGAAGAUGGGAACCCAAUAAGGGAAGGGGGUUAAAUUCAGUUCACACUGAAAGGCUAACAUAGCUAACAGGCAUUUACCAAAGCAAUGUGUGAACAGAAACCCAGCCACCCUUGAAAACUUGCCUUUCUCUGAAUUUUGCCAUGCAGUUCUCCAGCCCAGCAAUGUGUACAUGUAGAUGAAUAUAUCAGUGAAAACAACAAUAAAAAAUGAUUUAUACUAGCGAAGAUUGCAUGCAAAAAUGUGUAUAUUAGGAGAAAUGCAUACUAAAAUACUGGUGAAUUUUCAUGAAUACUUUUUUUAAAGAAAUCACAAAGUGAUGUGGGAAUGUGAAGAACUGAAUUUAAGAUGGGAAAAAUAGAUUCACCUGUCCCUAGAUGUUGUGCUGAAUUCUACUGCACCCAUUUGCCUGCUUUUAUUCUUUCUAUUUUAUCCUGCAUCUUACUACAGUGGUACCUCAGGUUAAGUACUUACUUCGUUCUGGAGGUCCGUACUUAACCUGAAACUGUUCCGUACUUAACCUGAAAAAAGUGAGUGUUAUGGUGCAAAAAAUACGGUACUUAAUUCGUUCUGGAGGUCUGUUCUUAACCUGAAACUGUUCUUAACCUGAAGCACCACUUUAGCUAAUGGGGCCUCCCGCUGCCGCCGCGCCGCCAGAGCACGAUUUCUGUUCUCAUCCUGAAGCAAAGUUCUUAACCCGAGGUACUAUUUCUGGGUUAGUGGAGUCUGUAACCUGAAGCGUCUGUAACCUGAAGCGUAUGUAACCCGAGGUACCACUGUAUUACUUGCUUUAUCUUAUUGCUCAGUGCUGUCUGUUGCAGCUCUGCUCCUCUUAUAUACCAAGACCUUACCCAGCCGGGAACUUCACCUGGUGAUUAAUAAAGUGUCCUGGCUUAACAGUGAACUUGAAGGGCUUGUCAUGGCGUGGUAAUGAAGCACUUCUUACAACUCAACCUCUUGGAAGCCUCCAGGCUGGUCCCCUCACCUAGAUAGGAGCCCAAGGCCCCCUUUAUUUACUGUCAGCAAAGUUAGAGUGGCUUUCAAUUUACUAUGAACACAAAAACCACUUGUGACAGGAAUUUGAGGGUGGGGCCCAGGUGUCCUGCUCUCUUGCCAAAAGGGGGGUUUAUAGAGCCAAAACUCCAGGAGCUCUUUUCUUUUGGAUGCCGGACGGUGGACUGUGCCUGCUUUUUUCGGGUAUGUGGGAUAAAGCUGGUGGGGGCAGUGUGCGAUUAUGCACGGCGGUAGGAUCAGUACCAUGGCCAGAGAUUACCUUUUAAAUGCAUUUUUGUGUGGAAGAAGUUGAACGUGUGUGCAAGAAACUUUGGAUGUGGGUUGUGAGGGCUUUCUGAAAAGAAUCAGAAUUGUUUGAAGAGACUAGCACUGGGGACUUAGCACCAUCACUCUUGGUCUUGAAUGUGGAGGUGGUUGUUCCCAUGUUGGAAGUGCCAACCUUUCAUCUGGAAGCUGUUUCCCCUGAUCCAUAGAGACUUUCCACAGGAGGAUAUGCUGAAAUAAAUGCACUCUGCACCAACGCAGGGACAAUGUAAUCUAUUCUUAUACCCUACGUUUAAUCUAUUCUUCUAUCCUACGCUUAAUGGGCUGUGGCAUUGAAAGGAGAGCUGGAGCAAAACCUUGCCAUCAGCUAAGACCAGGGUUGCACAUACAGAGUUAUCAGUCUCCCCUGUUUGAAUCUUCAUUGUGGUGGGCAAAACGGGGGAAAUUUGUCGUAGAGAUACCAUCACAAUUUGCGAUUCGCAAAGAGGGCAACAUUCUUUCUUGAACAGCGAGGGAUAUAUUUGGUACUGACAAUUUGUAGUGUAAUCCUGAAGAGUGUGGGGUUUUUUGUAGGGAAUUCACAGCAUAUUUGUACAUUGCAGUUGACAUACAACAAUGAAAAUCCGGUUCCAGACUCUGGUCUGGGGAGGGGAGGCUGCACUUACAUUGCAAUAUACUUUCCCUUCGGAGAAGUUGAUUUUGCUUAAACCUCAGAGCCUGAAUGGUAACUGUAUUAGGCAUCAGGUUGGUAUUUGAGAGAUUAGAGUGGCUGGUGGUGACGCUCACUGGGGUUUUCUUGUUUGAUUGUUUUCCAUUGCAAGUGGCUUGGCUUGCUUGUUUGAGGCUCCUGUUGUUGCCUCACGGGAACCAUCCACUGAUGCAAAUUCCUCUGUGAUUGUGGCACACACCAUAGUCUGGAUCUAUGGGGAAGCUUGGAACUGGCUGGUCCCAACUUUGUGUGGAACUAAAUGUGAUGGUGGCAGGUCUGUGUCUUGAAACACAAGUCACUACCAAAGAGUAAUGUGGAAGCCAUUGAAAGUGAAGAAAUUGUGCAUGGAGGUGUUGAACUCUUCAUGGGUUUGCCAUUUCUCUGUUUUGCUCUCUUACACACAGACACACAAACACACACACACACACACACAGAGAGAGAGAGAGAGAGAGAGAGCACACUUUUUUGCUUGAAAUCAUCCCCACAUUUGAAGAUAUAGCUCUGUGACAUCUGAUUCUGCCUUUUGUUCAAUGAACAGGGGUAGACUUUGGAAUGCAAUACAGUCGUACCUCGGAAGUCCGCUGCUACUUCCGUGGCUUCUGAUUGGCUGCAGGAGCUUCGUGCACCGUGGUUGCCAAAAGUUUUGGAAGUCGAACGGACUUCCAGAACGGAUUCCGUUCAACUUCUGAGGUACGACUGUAAUUGCUUUGUUGCUUCAGACCAUGGGUAGGCAAACUAUGGCCCAGGGGCUGCAGCCGGCCCAAUUGCCUUCUCAAUCUGGCCCGCGGACGGUCCGGUAAUCAGCGUGUUUUUACAUGAGUAGAAUGUGUCCUUUUAUUUAAAAUGCAUCUCUGGGUUAUUUGUGGGGCAUAGGAAUUUGUUCAUUCCCCCCCCCCAAAAAAUAUAGUCCGACCCCCCACAAGGUCUGAGGGACAGUGGACCAGCCCCCUGCUGCAAAAGUUUGCUGACCCCUGCUUCAGACCAAGGGUCCACUGAACCCAGGAGUCUAUUCUAACAGGCCUGGAGCAGACUUCCCCAACCCGGUGCCCUCCAAAUGUUUUAGACUACAACUCCCUUAAUCUCUUGCCAUUAGCUCUGCCAGUGAGGGCUGAUGGGAGUUGGAAGUCCAACAGCUGGAGGGCACCAGGUGGAGGAAGGCUGCUUUGGAAUCUCACUAACAAGAUAUGGCCUUUCCUGUCAUUUUCUUCCAAUGUCUAGUAGCUGAUAGCUGACGCAACAUAUAAUUUUUGGCUCAUGCAACGUACUAUUCUAUGUUUUAAUAAUCGGAAUGUCAAUUCAUUGAGCAAAUGGCAAAAUACGUGGAGUUAAUAUGCCAAUUUUCAAAAUAUUAAUUAUAUAUAUGCUAUUUCUUUAUGCUAAAUGGGAUGACCAUGGCAGGAAAUGCUGGCUGCUCCUACUUAUCAUAAGGGAUCAAUUUAAGCUAAGGUCUUCACUGCCUUUUGGUGGUGAGUCAUUUAGCAUGCCAUCCAGAAUUCUGCUACUUGCCCAAGCUGUGAAUAAAUAAAGAGGUGAUGUCGUUUAAUGGCUAAGAGAGUAAGCCAUGAAUCAGGAUCUCCGCAGCUCAAAAGCGAUCUAUGCAUGCCAAAUAUUUUAUUAUUAUUAAAUUGCUGACACUCUUCCAUGCUUUUAUACACAUCAAAUCACCAAAGUUUGAUUUGGAGCCCUUUUUUGAGUUCUGCAUAAUUUAGAUGUACAUUGUGUUCUUGGUGUAGUAUCAUUUUAAGGUGCUAAAUGUUAAAAUACGUAAGUCAGAGCUGCCAUGGGGUUAAGAACACCCUUUUCCUUGCCUCCCACACUCUACUCUGCAUGAAAGCCCCAGCAAUGGCUCCUUUUGCCCACUCAAGGUAUGGCAGAGAUUGUCAGAAACAAGGGCUGCUGUUUGGUCUCCAAUCCUGAAAUGCAGGGUUGCCUGGAUAGCACCUGGAAGAUCAGGAGGUGGAACCUUAUGAGAUAGAAGCAGAACCUAGUGGCGCCUAUUUGGGGCCAGACAGGAGAGCCUGUCUGUGCCUGAUAUCUCACAGCCUGGUGGACAUAGGGCUAAAACAGAAACACUGCAGCUUUUAUGCAAUUACCUGCUGCCUUUAUUUUGGCUUCUCACCCUGUGGUUUUACAUUUUUUUUGAGACUCGGAAAAUGAUGCUAAAAUCCUGAAGUUUCAGGUCAAACCCAGCAUCCUGGCAACCCCCUCUAGAACCUUUCUCAAAGAUCAGUUGCAGCAGCCAAUAUAGAUAGAGCACCAACUUCCAGAAAUUGACAGCAAGAGGACAAUACCUCUCUUAUCUUUUAAGCUCAGUAGAAAUGAAGGUCCUGACUUCUGAUAGUGGGACGAAGAAAAGAAAACAGUGGGAUUUCAAACACCUAUUCUGUUGGCUUUACAACAGCUAGACAAAUCUUUGAAUUAGGGGAACUGGAAAUAAAAAGAAGGAACUGUGAAAAAUUGCAAGAGAACCCCGAGAAACUGGGUUUGCACCAAUUAUCCUGAUUUUCUGGUACCUGUCAGGGGCACAAAAACUGUUCCCUACUUUGUCCCUGUCUUUGCCUUUUUGAAGAGAUUGAAAAUUUGGAAGCUGCCAUUUAGCUCAGUACUGUCUGUUUCGUGGAAUCGUGGAACUGUAGAGUUGGAAGGGACCAAAAGGGUCAUCUAGUCCCACCCCCUGCACUGCAGGAAUCUUUUACCCAAUGUGGGACUCGAACCCAUGACCCUGUCAGCAGCUCUCCAGGUUUUCAGGCCUACCUGGAGAUGCUGAGGCUCAAGCUUAGAACUUCCUGCAUGCAAAGGAGAUGCUCUGCCACAGAGCUGUAUCUUUCCCACUGGGGCUACAUUUUACCUUUUGGUACUUGUGAACUAGAAUGGCUAUUUUCUUGAUGUAUCAGCCCUUCCACCUGGCCUCUAGAAACUCUUGUCUCUAGUGCGCACCAUCAAUUCACACAUUUUAUUCCAUUCUGAAGGAGCGUCUCCACCCCCAUUGCUCUACCUGGACACUGAGGUCCAGUGCCGAGGGCCUUCUGGCGGUUCCCUCACUGCGAAAAGCCAAGUUACAGGGAACUAGGCAGAGGGCCUUCUCGGUGGUGGCACCCACCCCGUGGAACGCCCUCCCACCAGAUGUCAAAGAGAACAACAACUACCAGACUUUUAGAAGACAUCUGAAGGCAGCCCUGUUUAGGGAAGCUUUUAAUGUUUGAUGCAUUACUGUAUUUUAAUAUUUUGUUGGAAGCCACCCAGAGUGGCUGGGGAAGCCCAGCCAGAUGGGUGGGGUAAUAAAUAAUAAUAAUAAUAAUAAUAAUAAUAAUUAUUAUUAUUAUUAUUAUGCCUCCAGGGAGCUCUGGAUGGUUAGGCUGAGGGAGAAGAAUGACCACCUCAAAGUUACUCAGGGAACUACAUGGCUGAGUGGAGAUUUGAACCUAGGCCUUUCCAGUUGUAGUCUUAACAAUCUAGCCAGUAUGCCACCCUGAUUCUAAGGACAAAGUUGAUUCCGGAUGAGGGAUAUACACACAAAAAAAAACCCUUCUGUCACACACCUGAAGUUCACUUGGGCCACACAAGAAAGGGAACAAAGUGCAGUGAGACUUGAUUAACUAUUGAGACCCUGCAGGACAAUAGGUACAUUGCUGUGGACCUGGACAAGGAAGAUCUAGAAAAUGAAGCUUACUGGGUGUCCUUUGACAAGGCCAUAUCUGCCAGCUUAACUUUAUUUCAUAUGGUUGUUGGGGGCAUAUAGUUGGGAAAUUUCAUGCAUGCUGCAUGGAGCUUCUUGGAGGAAUUUGGGGAAGGGGUGGAAUUCAAAAGUAAUAAAUACACAUAUUUUUCUGUUGGCAGGUGGCUCCUCACCUGAGGAAGCAUUAGGAAUUGGGGAGGCUGCCCCACCACCCUCCUAUCGCAGAAACACACAUGAGGUAAGUUCCUAGGGACUGGAGAGCUUUGAAUUUUACUUUGUCUCACUAACAAGGAAGCUUUUCUUUCUGGCAGUGCUCCUUGUGUCUUUAAUGUGCUCAUUGCAGGGAUAAAUUCAACAGGUGAAACUAUUGGCCUCCCACUAAGCUAUCUCUGUACUUGGGUGUUCAGACCCAGAAACCUCCCCCCUAAAAUAAAUUCACGCUUGACUCAAAUUUUGGUUUGGUUUUUGGCAGAAUUUAGGCCACAACUUUAUUGAUUACAGAAAGUGACUGCUCGCAUAGGCUCUGGUUCAACUAGCUCCCUGCCAUGCAGGUAGCACUGACCCAGGGCACCAGCAUAGGUCAGCCAAGGGUGAACACCUGGAUAAGAGAAAAGCUGGGAACGGCCAACUCCUCCACCCAAAUGUCCCCCUGGACUCAGGCACGGGCACAACUCCCUCACAGGGGUUGACAAAACCAUCGAGUCCCCGAAUUCCUUUAACGGAAUAUCCUUCACAUAGGGAUGGCGAGAGCGUUCUCUCAUCCCUGUCACCUGAACCAGAGCCUAUCCUCAACCUUACAAGUUGUGAUGAUUUGCUACGUGGCAGGUGAAACCCAAAUGGCAACAGCCAAUCAGCCAAGUGGGGGAAAUUCCUGCCGUGCCCCUGUCCCAACGACAGACGUCACAUGACGGCAUAGCAAGGUCAAGUGCAAAGCCCUAAAAGUAGGGAGAGGUGGGUGGGUGUUCCGAAUGCACGCGCCAAAAGAGGAAGCUCUGGGUCACAUGCAUGGGCAUAAAUAGGUCCCUUGAACCGUCUGGACUGCGUCCCAUUGGCCAGAUUGUACCCAGCUUGAAGGGACCUACCAAUCAGGUGUUGUGGCUAACCAAUUAUACCCACCCGCAACACAGGGUGUCGGUUGUCCAGGUCUCACCACAAUACGUGCCCUCUUUAAGGGAGGCCCCGAUUUGUUGAAUUUCUUUCUCUUUUGCUACUGCUAAAGAGACCUGGGCUGGAUCUACACUGACCUUUUUAACGUUAUUAGAACAAUAUUAGAUAUAUCGUUCUAAAAUGUCACAGGACAUACUAGUAAGUUGAAAACGUUCCUUACCUUUUUGUGUGUGUGUUGUCAAAAAACAGUUUCCCUACCGCCGGUUGCUCUGCAGCGCCCUCUGGUGUCACGUUUUAAUAACGUAUCAUUCACAUUACAAGCGAAAAACAUAAUAUGUCCAUCUAUGUUAUAAAAACCAUUCCUUAUAAACCAUGAGUGUAGAUCUGCCCUAAAGAGCUCUGAAAGGGGAAGGGGAAAGGUGGCCACCAUAAUCGCAGGGCCCUUUGCUAUACUCCCCAGGCAUUUGUAGAACUUCAUGAACUGGUCAUGGACAGGAACAACGAGCUUCGCUGGAUGGAGGCUUCUCACUGGAUCAACCUGGAAGAGGAUUUUGAGGAGAUGGGGCACUGGGGACGACCACACCUCUCCUAUUUGAAUUUCCAGAGCCUUCUGGAGGUGCGCAGGGCUUUCAGCAAAGGUGAGGGAAAUUGCUGUAAGGUUUGUGACUGUUGUCACUCUGUAGCAUUGCGGAAAUGCAGCAUUUAUGUAUGAAUUGGCCCUCAGGUUGAGCACAGGCAAUCAUUUUUAGGAGCUGCUCUGCUUGCCUACAACACAUAGGCAAACACACCUACCACUUCCAAUUCCCUCUCGCCUAAAUCCUGAUUCUAUGUUAUUUGUCCUUGCAAAGGGGAAGAUAUAAAAAUUCCAAAUGGCCAUGUUGUUUUGCCCCAGAAGAGAUGUCCCUAGGAUAAUUUUGAAGACCCUGUCCAGGGCCCCACAAAACAGGGGUUAUCUCUUUCAGUAAAGUUUAAUAUUAAUAUAUAUAUAUUUAAGAUAGCUUAGGGGAAAAAUAUGUUCCAACCCAUUCAACAGCAUGAGCAUAACCUUGCUGAAAAAUCUGGAUUUUCUGAAAUAAGAGUGACAAUUUGUUGGAGGAACUAAAUAGUCAUCUGGAAAGAUUCCCAAAUCCUCUUCCUUUGUACCUUUGAAAUUUUAGCAGGCAUAUCUUCUGAAUUGUCAGGUUUCAGCCAGUGUGUUCCUUCUUUCUACUCUUCUAGGAACUGUUCUUCUAGACCUGCAAGAGAAGAGCCUAGCUGGGAUUGCCAAUCAGAUGCUUGAUGAAAUGAUCCAUGAAGGGAAGAUCAAGCCGGAUGACCGAGAGUUAGUCUUAAGGACUCUCCUCCUUCAGCACAGGUACACUUCCAAAGCACAGCACCAAGUCAGGGGGUGAUCCCGUUCCCUCCCUGCUGCCUCCAAAUUCAGCCAGAGUGCAGGAGUGUGUCCAUGUCAUAUGUGGUUUUUGUGCCACUUAGAGAGUCUCUAGAGUGCAGUGUGUUGCGGAUAACCCCAGGUGCACUGGCGGAGGAAGAGGAGUGCGGGGGGAGCGCACCGCCCCCAGCAGCGUGAUCACGGCAGGGUGCCAUCGUGGCUGCUCCCCCCCACGCUGGGCACCACGCCCCCACAGGCGGAGAGUCACACCCCCGCCUUCUCUCCACCCCCUGAUGCCGGAGCAUGAAGCUCCGCCACUGCCCAGACAUCCUCCUGAGCUUGAAGCAGGGGCAGGGAAAUAGCCUCACAAUCAUUUAUGAGGGUUUGGAAGCUCAACACUACAGAGACAAUACCUUUCCCAGCUAGGGCUGGGCCUCAUCUGCUCCAUCUUGUGUGGGGUGCUGAGCCUACUGAAUAUUGGCUCCCAACUCCUCUGACAGUUUCACAUGUAUCAGUUGCCUGUGAAUGAAACCAGUAAUAAAGUAUUUAUUAAUUUUAAUUAUUUACUGGAUGCCUGCUUGUCCGAGGUCCUAGAAAUUAAACUUUUCUCCUUCCCUCCCUGCCCCUUCUUUCUUGGUUCCUUCCCCUCCCCUCAUUUAUUCCCCCCUUUGUCCAGUCACCCUGAUGAGUCUGCUUCAGUGGGGACUCUUCUGCCUGGGCGGCUGGACAGAACUGAUGGCCAGGACUCAGGACAGCCACUUCUGCAAGAAUAUCACCAGAUUGAGAUGAAGACCUUCCCUGCUGACUCAGAGCAGGUAAGACAACUUUCAGUCAGUGGGUUUAGGAGAUGGAGAAGACCAAUCUUGUGAACUCAACUCCAGGAACUCUGGGACUUGAACCAGAAUGGAGUCACACUGGGUUAAGGCUGGAACCAAUUUGUGAUCAGUCCUUGGAGCCCUCUUCAGGUACAGAAGAGCACUUACAACCCACUGUUCAUUUGUAAAUCAAAAGCCUUUCGUUUUGUAUGCCUGUUUGGCAUCAUAAGAUACUGAUGCUCUGUCCUCCGAAGAAUGCAUGCAGAUUAAUAAGAGCACCUUUACUCAGAAGUAAGCCCCACUGAGUUCAAUGGGAUUUUCUCCCUGCUAAGUAUACUUAGAGUUGCAGCCUGAAUCUGCAAAAGUUGUCAUUAAAAAAAAUAAAAUUAAAAUUUGGAAACAGGAAUACAAAAAUUGAUAUCAAAUACCUUUUUUAUCAAAGCUAAAAAGCUAAUCUAAAUAAAAAGACAGACCAGAAAGGGAAAGAGAGAAAGAGAUAGAAAGACAGAGAAAGAAAAGAGGAAAAGGAAAAGAAAGAAUAUAUAUCUGUCAGCUAUAUAAAAAAAUUAUUCAACACAUCCACUUCAACAACAUCCCAACAAAUCUACUUUUUAUAAACCAACAUUAUCUUCCAUCUUCAAACCCAAAUGUCAUGAGUGCAUUUUCUUUUCCACACAAAAAGGCUAUAAGAAGUUUCCAGUCUUUAGUAAUUGUUGGCAACGACUUUUCUCUGAUUAAACAUGGUAACUUUGCCAUCUCAGCUAAAUCCAGUAAUUUUGACAACAGUUUCUACAUUGUAGGUAAUUAUGAGUUUUCCCAUCUUUGUGCAUAUAAACGUCUCGCUGCUGUAAUCAUAUAUUGAAAAUGAAGUUCCAUAGCCUUUUUCUAAUUAUAAAUUCGCAAGUCCUAAAAAGGAAAAGUUGUUUUCAGGGAAGGGUGAGUGCAAAUAUAUAUGCAUUCUGAAAGCAGAUUUCUGUUCCAAUGGUCAAUACUUGCAUCAUUUAUUUUAAAGAAAAACUAGUACAUUAUUUAAAAACAACAAUAAGCCAAGACCCCCUCCAAACACAGCAGAUCUUCAUAUAAACACGAUAGAUUUGGAGUUGACAUUCACGUGCUGAGACCAGAGGAAUAAACGACUGAAAAUUCUAAUUCAUUCAUAGAAAUGAAAACAUCGUAUUCUCAGAAUCCCCCAUUUUGAGGGCAGCAACGGAGCACAUACUGUGAGAUGAGCUUGGGCCAUGUCAACCUGCCUCAUGACCUUGGGGGUUAACUGCUUGCUUCUCUUGUUGCAGGAAGGCUCAAGUGGUGGUAUUAAGAAGCCACUGGCAGAUAAGAUCCCAUCUGAUGCAGAAGCGACACUGGUCCUGGUUGGUAAGUACUUUUAACAUGUGCAAUGGCACUGUUGGGACUGGACGUUGGGACCCUCAUAGCCCUGGGACCUUCAAAUUGUGCCCGAGAGCUAGAAGCAGCAACACAUAUACAAGGAAGGGUAGAGCUUUGGCAGGGUGAGAGUGGCAGUGAGGUGAGCCAAUCAGACACCACCUAUGGGGUUGUGGAGGGGCCAAUGAGAGUCUUCGAGCAAUGAGGGGAGGCUAGGCGAGAGAUCAUGGUGGCCAUUUUGGGUGCCAUGCUCUCACUCUGUGCUCUCAUUCCCCAAAAGUGCUUUGGGGGGGCUGCAAUUUGCGCAACCACCAGCAAUGCACAUUUUGGGGCAUCACAUGAGAUUGCACCCAAAAAAAGCACUGGGGAGGGCAAGAUCAUAAUGCAGGCCAUGUAACUAACCCAGGAGCACAUCUUGAAAGACGCAUGUCCUGGUUUUUGACCUGAAAAAGUUGGGCAGUAUGGAUUGUGUGACUGCCCCAAUACCAUCAUGAACACAAAUAAUAAAGAAUACCUAAUAAACAGAAUGUCUGGAGGGCUCCUUUCUCAGAAGUCCCCAGAUAUUGAAGGAACAUUGAAUGGGACCCAGGGCCUCAGUAGUCUGUGUUAGAGCUACCCUAUUUAACCACAAAAGACUAGCAAAAGCAUUUCUCUGCUCCCAGCUCCACCUUCCUUGUUCCUUUCUUUCCUCUUUCUUUCUUUUUUUAAUAAAAAAAAUUAACCAAAUUUAAAAUCACAAAAAAAUUUAACCAGAUUCAAAAUGUCUGUCCAGCAUAGCCUUAGACGUUUUGGGGUUUGAGAUGGAAAAUCCAAAAAAGAUGCUCCCUAUGGUUGCUACAAAUAUAUUCAUUUUUAAAACAACAACAACAACAACUGACAACUUGCUGGAGUUUAAAAUUGCCACAAAUUUGCCCCUCCACCCUACAUAAUGGUAGAGCCAGUCCUGAUUCAAGCCAACAUGGGAUAGAAUAUAACUUCUUCCUUCUACAAGAUGUAUGCUAAUCUAGCAAGUUUGGGAGGAAGGAAGUAUGUUCUGGUUCUUGCUUGCCUUGUGCGUUUUGUCAGGGGGAGCCAUGUUUUUCCCUGGCAAAAACGCUGCUUCGCUUCUCUAUCUGGCUUAGCCAAACUCAUUUGCAGACUUUGCUCACUUUGCUGUCUCUUGUUUUCUUCCCCUGUCCCUAUUCUCUUCCACUCCAUCUCCCUUUGCCUCUGCCUGGAUCCCUUCCUUUCCUGCACAUGGUUUGUGUUUCUUUUUCUUUCUGUUUCUGUGCCAAGCCCCCUAAAUGAUGCCCCAUACCCAUCCAUCCUCCCUUCAGGCCGUGCCAGCAUCGUGGACCAUCCCACUCUAGCCUUUGUGCGCUUGAAGGAUGCUGUACAACUGGACUACGUUCUGGAGGUUCCUGUGCCUGUCCGAUUCCUCUUUGUGGUUCUGGGCCCAGAUUCCCCUCACGCCAACUACUACCAUGAGAUUGGGAGAGCCAUCUCAACAAUGAUGUCCGAAAGGGUAAGUUGGAACCCUCCUUAGCUUCAACUUGCCCAAGAAAGUACAGUGGUACCUCGGGUUACAGACGCUUCAGGUUACAGACUCUGCUAAUCCAGAAAUAGUACCUCGGGUUAAGAACUUUGCUUCAAGAUGAGAACAGAAAUGGUGCGGCAGUGGCACGGCGGCAGCGGGAGGUCCCAUUAGCUAAAGUGGUAUCUCAGGUUAAGAACAGUUUCAGGUUAAGUACGGAGCUCCAGAACAAAUUAAGUUCUUAACCUGAGGCACCACUGUAGUUGGAAUUUCCUUUCAUGGAAGGAAGGAUUGUCUAGGUUAGGCAUGGGGAACUUGUUGCUUUCCAUGUGUUGUUUUCCAUCACCUCUGACCAUUUUGCCAUGCUAGCUGAGGCUGGGAGUCCAGCAACAUCAUUCUGCAGGGCCACAGGCUUUUCCCAUCCCUGUUUUCAGAUCUAGAAUUUCCCUGCAUCUGCUCAUUCAACUGAGUAUGGUAGACAGAAGCACUCAUACUUGCGUUGUAAGCUUAACUUAACUCUUAUGGAAAAACAGGAGCUAAAAGUGUUAAAAGUAGCAUGUUAAAUUAAACAAUGUGGACCUGGCCAUGUGCCACAAGCCAUGUCAUCAUUCAGGACACAGGAAGAUCCUGUGGAAAUUCACCCCAGGAACUGCCCCUUUUAUGUACCCUCCCAAGCACAACAUUUGCCUCCCUGAGUCUCCAUGUUUUUCCUUCUUCCCUGACUAGGUGUUCCGCCUUGACUCCUACAUGGCAGGAAGUAGGCAAGACUUGGUGAAGAGCCUGGAUGCAUACCUGGACUGUUGCAUCGUUGUCCCGCCCUCUCAUAUCCAAAGUGAAACGCUCCUUAAGUCCUUGUUCCCAGUGCAGAAGGAGCUCCUGCGAAAAAGGUACCGGCCAGAGGAGAGGACGGAGCUCACCAAACAGCUUGGUAUGUAUGAAUCACUGUGGGGUGAUCUGCAGGGAACUUUGCCUGAUCGCUACCAAGCAUACCUAGGGAACCUAGGAAGCUGCCUUAGGCUGAAUCAGAUGAUUCUCUCAUCUAGCUCAAUAUUGCUUCCACUAAGGGCCCAUCCAUACUUACAUUUUGCCCCACACUUUCUAAGCACAGGUUUGUGCUUUCCUGGUCCAUGGCCAGGCACUCCCCCGCCUCCACUGCUUUCCCCAGGAAAACCUGCUCUUUGACGCGGAAUUGGAACAAACAGCACCUCAGGUUUUCAGUGGAAUUGUUGUCUGCAGUAAAGAGAGGGUUUUCAUAGGCAAAGCACCGGGGCAAAACAAAGCACUUGGACACAGAGAUUCAAAGUGCAGACCUGCAAAUAAUAAUAAUAAUAAUUUUACCCUGCCCAUCUGACUGGGUUACCCCAUUCACUCUCGUCAGCUUCCAACAUAUAUAAAAACAUAAUAAAGCAUCAAAUAUUAAAAGCCUAGAAAUGCGACACAAAAGGGGGUCUGGAUGAGCCCUAAGUGGAAGUAGCCCUCCAGGAUUUCAGACAGGUCUCCUAACCUUACCUGGAGAUGCUGAAGAUUGAGCCUAGACCCUUCUGCAUGCUAAGCAGAUGGGCUCUCCCUGAACUAUGGUACUUCUCAGAUGUUGUAUAUUUGAAUAUCAUGUAGAGAGUUUUAAAUAUUAAGUAGAUUAGUGCUGAUGAAAAACACUAUGAACAUGCUCAGUGACAAAUGCCUCUUCGGGCUGUAGCCAAUAUUAGUCUCACUCACAGUAGACCUGUUAAUGCAAAGUUACUAAGUUAGGUUCGCUAAUUUCACGGGGCCUACUCUGAGCAGGAAUUAGUUCGCUACAACUCUAUAUUCUUACCUCCCAAGUUUGAUAGGUGAGCAGGGCCACCCAGCUUUCAAUCACCUGAUGUUACAGUGACAUCAGGCGACCUGUUAUCACCCAAACAGUUUGGUGUGUUUGUUCCCACAUGGCUUAAUUUCAUUUGAAGCAAUUUGAAACAUACAUAUUUUUAUACAUGUAUUUUUAUUGAUUUUCAGAAGUGUCUAAUAAACUCAUUUUGUAUGCAGGUUUGACUAAUGUACACAUUAAAACAACUUCUAAUAGAGUGCAUUUUUAACACUGUUUUUACUAAUAUAUUCAUUUUUAUGCAUACUUUCCCUUGAUGUAUGUAUUUUUGUAAACAUUGCUUGGUUGUAGAACUGCAUCGCAAAAUUCAGGUAAGUGAGAAUUUCAGAGGUUGGCUAUGCUUUGGUUCUCACAUUGCUUUGGAACCUGAAUUUGAUGGAUUCAGCUUUAAACAAGAACCAAAUAGAAUUCUUCAUCCCUGCAGCUGCCCCACACCUAUUGUCAUAGAUAAUGUCAGAUGUACGGCAGGUGUGUGUGGCUUUGCCAAACCUCCUCACAGGCCAAAUGUGGAGACCUGUUGUGGGGUUCCUCACUGCUGCCUGAAGUGCUUCCCACAAGAUUUGGGAUGAAACUCAUGAACUCCACAUAACGCAAAACCUAUGUUCCCAAAAAACGAGGCUUACAGCCCUUUUGAGGCCCCCAGUAAAACAUCAGUCCUCUUUUCCCUUCAUUCAUUCAGCCUUGUCAUUCCCUGUGUUCUUCUGUCUCAUCUAGAGCAAGAAUUGCAGGGCCAAGGCUUCAAGACUCCAGAAAAGGAUGAUGAUGACCCUUUGAGCAGGACUGGCCGACCUUUCGGAGGGCUGGUGAGGGACAUAAAACGCCGGUACCCCAAGUACCUCAGUGACAUCACGGACGCUCUCAAUGCUCAGUCUCUGGCUGCCGUCAUCUUUAUCUACUUUGCUGCCCUUUCUCCUGCCAUUACCUUUGGAGGCCUUCUGGGUAAGGGAGCUGGGGCUGCUCGCUGCACCCUGACAAGUAAUCACAAACUGGUUAUCAGUGGGGAAGUAUUGUUAUGAAAAUGAGGGAAAUAUUGCAUCAAACUGGAGUUCCCAGCAGCUCAGCACCACAUCCCCUCUUGAGUUUCUGCUGGACAAAACAGGACAGGAAGUAGAAUGACAUAAAGUUUCCCAGCAGGUUGGGCUAUGCUGGUUUGUUUGUUUUCUUCACAUCCUUCUCAUAUGUAGGUGGAGCAUGGCAGGGGCGAACAAAGGCUAACCGACACCCAUGGUGGGGCAAACCACCGGCUGCGCAUGCAUUGUGCCACUACGUACAACGCAUGUGUGGUGUCACUACAUAGGGCGCAUGUGCUGCAUUGCUACGUACAGUGCAUGCGUGCGACACUGGGUAUGUGUUGUGCGUAGUGGUUUGCUGCUAAGCGCCAUACGGACAGUAGUGGGAUCCUCUGCUCGCGGCUGCAGCAGCGGCAGAGGGAUCCUCUGGCUGUAGCGGCGAGGGAGGGAUCCCACCGCCAUCUGUACAGCGCUCAGGCGGUGCCGACAGCAAACCGCUAUGUACAGCACAUGUGCGGUGUCACUACGUACAGCGCAUGCAUGCAACACCAUGCAUGCGUUGUACAUAGCGGUUUGCCACUGGUGCUGCUCAAAAGCCGUAUGGACGGUGGCGGGAUCCUCUGCUCACGACUGCAGCCACGAAUGGAGGAUCCUCCACAUGCAGCUGCGGUGGCGCGAUGGCUGCUCAUGCUGCUGUGCCCAGGGGUGGCGGGGUGAGCACCCUGUCGGGUGCCUUCUUGUCACCCCUCCAGACAUGGCACCGGGGGGUGCCAUCCACCCCCCUUGCAACACCACUGGGACUUGGCCACAUGAACAACAGCUAGAAAAUUAUGCCAGAAAAACCCUAUUAGAGGCUACUUCCAUGUCUUGCUUGCUGACUGAUUUGCUUAUAGAACAGUUUUAUGCCACUAUUCCCAUAAGCAAUGCUCCAAUGUAGCUUACAUGUAAAGUAAAUAGUUAUAAAAGCAAUUUAAAGCACAAAAACAUCUGUAUCACCUUUCCGCCGCAGGCACUCCUAUGCUACUGAUCUUCAACUGUGUGAAAUUUAUUUUUUGACAUUUAUUUUAUUCUUUUAAUGGCUGGAUGCUGGCAAACUAAGAGACCUUGGUGACAUCUCCUCCAGCCAGGGGAUCAGGGAAGAACAAGAAAGAUAUACUCUAGCACACCUUCCGGAAAGAUCUCUAGCUUACAUUACAAAGCAGAUACUUAAUAGACCUGGUUAUUUACUUAGAAAGGAAAAUAGUUUGACCAUUUUAGCAGUCGCCCCCUUCCUGGUUGUUGUUUCUUUUGCAGAAUCCUGUCUUACAGCUAUAAAAUCACAGGGCUGGAGGGGACCCUGAAAACCAAGGCCACCCACAACCCCAGACGCAUUACAAUAAUUAAGGCUGGUGAUAUAUGGCAUUUGUUAAAUAGGACUUAAAGGGAUUUUUGCUCAUGGUGUGUGUCCACUCAUGUCACUUUCAGCUUCGACAAGCAGGCUUUUGUUUUGUUAUCAACAGCGAGACAAAAGAAAUAAGGAUGUGCCUUGAGAGGUUAAACUUCUCUUAAGAAGAAGCAUUGUCUAUCUCCAGUUCAAAAAAUUUCAGCCCUCUUACUGAUGUGCCAGUUAGAUCUCUUAAGUUUCUUAAAGCAGGAAACACCCCAGGUUUGUUCUUUCUUGCCGAUAAUCUGCUGUUGCUUCCAGGUGAGAAGACUGACAAGCAGAUGGGAGUAUCUGAGCUUCUGAUCUCCACGGCAGUCCAGGGCGUCAUCUUCUGCUUGCUUGGAGCUCAACCUUUGCUUGUGAUUGGCUUUUCUGGCCCCCUCCUGGUCUUUGAAGAAGCCUUUUAUGGGGUAGGUAUCCUGCUAUAAAUAACAUCCCUGUUGAAUGAUUACUUGUUUCAACACACUGAAAAGCUUCUUUAAACUUAUGCAGUCCCCAGAUCCACCCUGCCAAUCAAUGGAGAUCACCUGUCCAUUCAAUGGUUACCAUAAGAUGUAGUGAGGACCAUUACAGUAGUUUACAUUGCUUUUAAAACAGGCGAAUUCGAAAUGGAGGACAGUUCUAUUAUUCAUGGUCAUUAGCUGUUACAUGAAAUGGAACUUCCAUGUUUGCAGGCAGUAUAUCUCUCAUUACCAAGAACAGCAUAGAACCCUAACCACUUUCCAGGUGGUUCUAGCUGAUCACAGAUGGAGACAGAAUGCUAGAUUAGGCAGCUUUUGAUCCAGUAAAACCAUUCUGCCUGAGCGUUUGCAGGUAUAUUUCCAUAACCCUAAGACGGGGUGGGGAGCAUCUUGCCCUCCAGAUGUUGUUGGACUUCUUAGCCAACAUGACCAAUGAUCAGGGAUGGAUGGGAGCUGGGAGUCUAAAAACAUUCACAUUCCUAUCAUAAAUGGUAGAAACUUGCUUCCUUUUAAAAGAACAAAGCUCAGAUUCUUAAGAUGUUGAACCUCACAUGUACCAAACUCUGCUUGCUUGUUGUGACCAGAAGCACCUGUGCACUAUACAGUGGUACCUCGGGUUACAUAUGCUUCAGGUUACAUACACUUCAGGUUACAGAGUCUGCUAACCCAGAAAUAGUGCUUCAGGUUAAGCACUUUGCUUCAGGAUGAGAACAGAAAUCGUGCUCCAGCGGCACGGCAGCAGCAAGAGGCCCCAUUAGCUAAAGUGGUGCUUCAGGUUAAGAACAGUUUCAGGUUAAGAACGGACCUCCAGAACAAAUUAAGUACUUAACCCAAGGUACCACUGUACACAGACCUGGCUAUAAAUGUCUAUGCAGGUUUCACAGGAGGAACGGGCUACAAGAUUUCAGCAUGGCCCGUGUAGUGUAUCACAAGAAGGGCCAAUGCUCUACAUUCUGGAUAGCUGUUUAAUUCCAGAGCAAGUUCAGCUGAGGGGGAAAGAACCAUCAACAUCUCACUAGCUUCUCCUUUGCUUUCCUCUCUGCACCCUACCCGUUUCUCUCUACACAGUUUUGUCAGAGUUUAAAGAUUGAGUACCAUCCGGGGAGAGUCUGGAUCGGCCUUUGGCUUAUAAUAUUGGUAUUGGUGGUGGUGGCUUUUGAGGGCAGCUUCCUGGUCCGUUACAUCUCCCGCUACACCCAGGAGAUCUUCUCCUUCCUCAUCUCCCUCAUCUUCAUCUACGAGACUUUCUUCAAACUCUACAAGGUAACAUGGCUUAUAUUUCAUUCUCCCUCCCUUCCUUUGCUUUUGUGAGGGAGCAGCUUUGCUGGCACAAGGAACAGGCUGCUUCAUGGCCACAGGGUUCCUCAAGACCCGUGAGGCAGGGCUGAAAGUUGGUCCGUCAUGGCCGUGUUUGAGCACUGAGCUGUACAUAGUACCUAUUUUCCAUUGUCCCAUGUGUGGCUUGGCUUCCUUUGUGCUUGAAUGCUGGAUCCUGAGAGAUUUGGGGCCCAUCCACAUUAUCAUUUGUCCAAGAGGCAUUAUUAUUAUUAUUAUUAUUAUUAUUAUUAUUAUUAUUAUUACAUGGACAGGUGGAGUCCCCCUAACCCCAGGCAACCCCCGAGCAGAAUAAUGACUCAAGAAAAUGCGCUAUGGGAUUAAAAUUGCCGCAACUUUAUUAGGUUUCAGAUGUAGGGAGACCUUGGCUCAGGCAUUGGGCAUUUAUCCUUCCCAGUCCCCAGCCGGGGAUCUGGGAGACAUCAGGGUUAUCCAGCAUGUGUGGGGAUUGGGCUGGCUCUGGAGAAUAUAUGUUCAGGCAGAAAGCCCGCCCCCCGUUUCGCCGCCAUUGCAGGGGAGAGCAAUGACAACCUCUUGGCAUAUGGCCAAUGCCUCCCCUCAAAACGACCCCUUUAACGGGGAACUCUGGGAUCACCACCACAUGGGGGGGUGAGUCACUGCUUCACGCCCCCCCCCCCAUUUAGGAAGCUAGACUAAAGGAUUCUGCCCAAGGCCUGAAACCGCCACCCGAGGCCACAAGAUCGCAGUCUUGACACCAAAACUACCUACACCUGAAAAGGCCCUUUGCCAUCCGACAUCCAUUCCAAAAGCCCAUGCCUAAUGUCGCUCAGUCAAUUUCAGCUCUGUGACCAGAAAUCACAGGGUAAAUGGAAGUGUGGCUGGGCUCUUGGUCUUGAGUUCUGAGAAUGAAAAAUGACCCGUCUUCAGACUUUUCAUGUUGUCUUCAGGCAGACCGCACCAUACAGUUAAAGCACAUGACUACCCUCAAAAAAAAUCCUGGAAACUGUAAAUUGUAUGGUCCAGAGCUUGGAGUUUCAGCUCUGUGACUGAGGAAACUACUUCCUCCCAAAGGAGCAUGGGGAAGCUCAGGCCCAAACUGUAUGUUACAAGGAACACACAGCAUCUUCCUUACAAUGUUUUGUUAAAGACACAUGGUAUGCGUGUAAGAAUGUAAGACAUGUUUAUGAAGCUGCCAUCUAGUGGCCAAAAGUGUUUCUUGAGGAAAAAAUUGGAACUGAGCAUGCCUAUGCCUUUGGGAGUGGUUCCAAGAUGGAUGUCAAACUAAAAACUAUAUAACAGAAACCAAGAUAUUAAACCACUUAUUGUUCAUUAUAACUCUCACAGCUUGCUCGGUUUCUGCCUGCCUCACUCCAUUUCAGAGCUUGAUGGUGUCAUGCUGCUUCUUUAAUUAACCAUUGUCUCGGAGGCAAUAUGUGAAGAACGGCAGCUGUGUUUCAUGUUAGUCAUUUGCACCUCAAGCAUCUUUCUCAGUGUUCUCCAUCCCAUUGUUUUGGGUCAUCAGGUGAGCAAGAGACAGGACUUCGAGGUUCUCAGAUCUUAUCCCCACAAGCUUUUUUUGAACCAAAGUUGCAAGGGUUUUUUUAUCGCAAAUAUACAGUCAUUUGCGUGUUUGUUCCCUGUGGCAACCAGCCCUGCCACAUUUAUUCCCAUUUUACAGAUGGAAAAACCAAGACAGGGAGGCACAAGACUUUAUCCAAAGCCACCCACUAAGUCCAUAAGCGAACAGUGUAUCUCCCACAUGCAUUAAUAUGUGCUCUGUUAAUCUCAAUUGAUGUUCCCUGUGUAUUAUUGCAUUUCUACUACUGAGAUGUGUCCUUUUGUCUCAGCUUGUUACACCGUUUCCCCCCCUCUCCACUGCCCCCAAAUCUUUGACCAUGCAUAACUACAUAUUAUGACGACAGUGACACCUUCUACAGUCUCCACCUUCUGAAAUCCUCUAGAAUUGCUAUAGGUAGCCCCUCCUCUCCCUCUGCCCCUCCCUGGUAACAAUUUGGCCACAGGAAGCGAGGCUGUCAUGACAUGGUUUCCAUAGAAACUGAAGAGCAGAAGCAAAAAAGGAGAGAUUGAAAACAUGUAGGAAGAAGGGAGAAUGAAAUGGAGCUCUUGCAAAUGUUUAGAAAUUAGACUGGGUGGACUAAGUGCAUAGGAGACGAGCCUUUCGGAGACAGAUGUUUGAAGGAUAAGCAGCAGAAAUGUGAGGCAAGGACCUAAGAACAGGGGCAGAGGUUUCAACCUUGAGUCCCUGUUAGCAUUGUGGCCUGCACAAUAUAUUUUUGUUACUUAUUUUAUUGACUAAAUUUGUAUGCCUCCCUUCAUCCAAAGAUCGCAGGGCGGUUCACAACAUAAACUAGGCCUGAUCUAUGUUUGCAGCGGAGUGAAGGGCUAGAGAUCUGAGGUAGCAGAAUUUGCGGUAUGAUUUCAGACUGAAGGUGGAGGGACACUUCUUUCUUUCUUUUACACGAUGGGGAUUCAAAAUGGUACCCCACUGCCUGUAUUCUAAAAUGGUGCAGUCGACUCUUUCACCUCCCUCUGCUUCAUAUGUAGACCAGGUCUAGGACUUACUUGUGUGCUGCGGGAGAAAGGGUAGGAAUUAUUUUGUUGCAUGUAACAACAUGAUUUGGGUGGUGGUGUGGGCACGUGUGCUAAUUUUAGUUGGCUGUGUUGUAUGGCAUCUCAAGUCCUUCCCACUGUCCAUUCCACAUUCUAACACAUCUUCCCUCUUACAGAUUUUUGAGAAAUUCCCUCUGCAGAAAAACUAUAACAACACCGUUCUAAAUGGGGAUCCAGACUAUCCUGUACCCAACACAGCCCUGCUUGCCCUUAUCCUCAUGGCAGGAACGUUUUUCAUCGCCUUUUUCUUGCGCCAAUUCAAGAACAGCAGUUUCUUUCCUGGCAAGGUAAAUCCUACAUUACACAAGUGAAGUAGGACUUUGGCAUGUUUGGGGAUUUUGGAAGGGGACGGCUUAAGUCUGUGCCUGCACUAACAAGUUCGUUCUGUCUCUGUAUAAUGGCCAACCUACAACUGGAUUUAAAUAGCAAAGGGUGGACUUCAAACUGAAGCAACAAGACACUGGGAGAAGUAUUUUGGUCAGCAAUUUGGUUUAGAAUAAAUGGGGCUUCCUUAGUAUUCUUACCACAUUGUACCUGAAGUAUUAAAAAGUAAUAAACAGAGCUGCAAUGUUUCAUCAGUUAGAUUAAUCAAUUUAUAACGUGCCAACUGAUUGGAAAGCAGAUUUUACAUUUUUUGUUGUUAUUUUUAUCACAAGUACUUAUAAAAAGCGGAUAUGGCAGGUGCUAUCUUUUAAGAAGCAUCGCUUCUGAUAUUAGAGAUAAGAAGGAAAGCCUCUUCUAAUAUACUUGCUGCAAUAGAUGUGUGCAUCAUCUAAAACCAAAAUAUACUUUUUUUUCAUAAGGAAGUUGAUGCAUGUUUAAUCCAUUAAUCACCUCAUCAACUAAGUUUUCUUUAAUCAUCAUCAUCAUUUUAUUAUUUGUACCCACCCAUCUGACUGGGUUGCCCCCAGCCACUCUGGGCAGCUUCCAGCAUAUAUAAAAACAUAAUAAAACAUUAAAAACUUCUCUAACCAGGGUUGCCUUCAGAUGCCUUCUAACGGUUGUAUAGUUACUUAUCUCCUUGACAUCUGAUGGAGGGCAUUCGACAGGGUGGACAUCACUACCAAGAAGGCCCUCUACCUGGUUCCUUGUUAACCUCACUUCUUGCCUCACCGCCAGAAGGCCCUUAGAGUUACAUUAGGCAUAGAAUUCAACAUAUUAAAAACCUGUUUUGGUAAAAACCAAGCUAGCUACUAGCUCUUGAUGCUGCAGAGGCACAUGUAAAAGUGUAUGGGCAACAACUGUGAAAUCUCAGAAGCCAAAAAGGAGAAAAAACAGGAUUUCAAGGAAACAGACAGGGUUGCCUCCACAGCCCUUUCAUUCCAGUGACUAAGGCUACAAUACUAUGCACACUUACAUGGGGAUAAUUCCCCCUCGGAACCCAGUGGAUUUAACUUCCAGUUAAAAAUGCGUAACAUUGUGCUGUAGCCUACCAUAGAAGUAGCAUAAAUUUUACCAGUGUAAGCAAAUGUGCUUAAAAUGCAAAAUGGUGAUGAUUAUGAUGAAUUCAAUUUAUAUACUGUCCUUUAUCAAAUGAUCCCAGGGCCGUAUAUAACAUCAAAACACAUUACAGAACAUAAAAAGCACCAAAAUAAAAAGCAUGCUGACAGAACAGCUGAAUAUGACUUGCAGAAUUUGGUGCAGCUGUGGUAUGAAAUUGUUUUGACUGCAGAAUAUGCACAGCCCAGUGUAUCAGUCAUAAUAUAUUACUAAAAGGGUUGCUGGUGCAGUUUCUAAGUUUGUCCCCCCUUUUAGCUGAGUCUAAACGUUCCCUUAUCAACAUUGAGGUCUGUAAAUCACCCAUCAAAAACAGUCUCUGGCAGUAUUACCCUUUUUUUUUAAGUUCCACACUGUUUGCAUGUUUGAAGUGGAAGGUCAUAUUUCUCAUAAUCAGAUCAAAACUUUUAAAACUGAAUUAGUUAUAUUUCCUUUGUCUCCAGGGUCAGUGUGGAUGCCUGCCCUGGUAGCUGAGAACCUCUGUUCUAUCUCAUUUCCAAAGAUUCAGCUGGUCUUAUUCACCUCUCACCUCCAGCCCUAUAUUGCUGAAUUAAUGUGGUUCUUUCUUACUUCUUGUUUUUUUUACAGAUCCGCCGUGUGAUUGGUGACUUUGGUGUCCCUAUAGCCAUCUUCCUCAUGGCAUUGGUAGACUACUUUAUUGAAACCACCUAUAGUCAGGUGAGUAGCUGGUCACUAUCAGUAGCACCCUCUCCUUCCUUCUGUUUAAGUCCAGUGGAUUCCAGUUUUUGAUAUCCUUUCCAAGCAGAAAAAAUGAGCACUGGCUCACUUUCCUGUCUGGGGUUGUCAACCUAAAAUAAUGUGGCGCUUCCUGCACUGGGGGCCAACAGAACUAGAGUUCAUCCGUAUUCAUUUUGCUUGUUUCCUCACAGAAACUGAAAGUCCCCAAAGGCCUUGAUACCACCCAUUCAACAAGGAGCUGGUUUGUUCAUCCACUUGGAGAAUUUGGGAUGUUUCCCUGGUGGAUGGCGCUCGCUUCCGUUGUGCCAGCCCUCUUGGUCUUCAUCCUCAUCUUCUUGGAGUCACAGAUCACCACGUAAGGAAUUUGGAGAGUGUAUAGGAAAGAAAAGCAGCCACAAGGGUCAAGUUUUGUAUCUACUGCAGUGAGGGUGUUGCUAGGUACUUGGGACUUGGGUGGCGCUGUGGUCUAAACCACUGAGCCUCUUGGGCUUGCCGAUCAGAAGGUCAGCGGUUUGAAUCCCCACGACGGGGUGAGCUCCUGUUGCUCUGUCCCAGCUCCUGCCAACCUAGCAGUUCGAAAGCACGCCAGUGCAAGUAGAUAAAUAGGUACCACUGCAGUGGGAAGAUAAACAGCGUUUCUGUGCACUCUGGCUUCCAUCACGGUGUUCCGUUGUGCCAGAAGCAGUUUAGUCAUGCUGGCCAAAUGACCCAGAAAGCUGUCUCUUUAAUAAAAACUAAUUCAUAAACAACAAAAAAGGUUUAUUGAUAAAUAUUUUAUGAGGUUUUUUGAAAGAGCAGACACCAAUACAGAUUUGAAUAAUAUUUACAUAUGCUAAUUUAUAAGCAUAGCUGCAAACUUAAGUCAGAGAAGAAAAACAAGCUUUGUCUCCUGCUGUGAGGGUUACUCUGAGCUAUGGCAUGCCAAUGUGAUUUUCUACACCUAGUAUACUUAUAUGUGAAUUGGACACCUCCAUCCCACCUGAAUUGCUUUGGCAAUAAAUGCUUCUUAUGGGCAUGUUAAAAAGAAAACAGGAUCACUCUCUCACACACACAUGCACUACCUUCCCCUCUCCAUCCAGCUGUUGUAUGUGCCUCUAGGCAAAUACAAGUCUCACUGGCAUAAAAGACCCAGUGAAGCCCCUAUCAAUGUCCCUGUACGCAGAUGCCACUUUGAGUUGUCACCUGGUAGCAAUGCUUAGUUAUAUCACGGUUGUUGGGAUGUCCAAUUUGUCAUAGAAUCAUGUCAAAUAAAUAUUGGGUUGUAUCCAAUGUUAGUCAUACCCAGAGUUGACCCAUUAGAAAUAAUGGGCAUGGGUAAACUAUUAAUUUCCAUGGUUCUACUCUCUGUGUAGGAUUUAGCUGCACGCAACCCACUUUCUUCUUCAUUUCCUCCCUGCCCUCUUCUUAUUAUUCUUCUUCAGGCUGAUUGUGAGCAAACCUGAAAGGAAGCUGGUGAAGGGUUCAGGUUUCCAUCUAGACCUGCUUCUAAUUGUUGGCUUGGGGGGUAUUGCACCCCUUUUCGGCGCACCUUGGCUCAGUGCCACCACGGUGAGGACUGUCACACAUGCUAAUGCCCUGACGGUGAUGUCCAAGACUACAGUCCCAGGGGAGAAGGCCCAUGUCCAGGAAGUCAAGGAGCAAAGGAUCACUGGCUUGCUGGUGGCCAUUCUUGUAGGUGAGUUCUUCUGUCGCAGAUUCCAAUUUUGGGGGUGUCUAGGGAUCAAAGUAGAUAUUAUUUACCUACAAAAUAAGUAUUUUUAUACUGCCAUCUCAUGAAAUAUCAGGGAGGUGUACAGUGUUGAAAUGUAGAAUACGAUCUAAAAAAAAUAAAAAAUACAGAUCAUUAUUACGGCGAGUGGCUAACACAAGAAUAUCUUUAAUAAAAACUAAUUCAUAAAUGACAAAAAAAGGUUUAUUGAUAUAUAUUUUAUGAGGUUUGUUGAAAGAGCAGACACCAACUAGGCAAUACUGAAGGCACCUGUCUGAUACACGAUUCUAUAUUGCUGCUGUUAGUGUUGUAAUACUAUUGGGUUUUUAGUAUUGUGCUCUUCGGAUGAAGGGUGGCAUAUCAAUUUAAUAAAUAAUAAUUUUAAUGUAAAAAAAAAAAGGUGAGUGGCUAACAAACAUUUAAACAGCUGCAAAGGCCUAUCUGCAUAAAAAUAUAUUCACAAGAUGCCUGAGAGUAAAAAAAUGAGGAUGCUUCCCAAAUCUCUGCUGGAAGAGUGUUCCAUUAGCAUGGGACUGGUGACACUAAAAGCCUGAUUUCUUGACCACCUGUCAAGUCUCUGAAACGCAAGUGAUAAGUAACAGUGCUCCUCUGGUUGAUCUCAGUGAUGUAAAGAGCUCAGGGGUUCCUUAGGUUUUCCUGGAGCCAAGUUGUUCAGGGCUUUGUAUUUCAGUGCCUUGAAUCCGGCCCAGUAGCAUAUGGGCAGCAGAAGUUCCUCUCAGGUGCCUGUUCCCAUCAACAGUGUCACUGCUACAUUCUGCCUGGAGCUUCUGGACCAGGCCCAACGGCAGCUCCACACUGAGUGUGUUGCAGUUAUCCAGUCUCGAGGUUACCAACACAGUUGCCAAGUGAUCCUGAUAAGGCCCUAAGCUGCUGUAUAGCUUUGGGCAGGCAUGUUUGCUCCCAUUUCUUCCCUGUUCUCUCAUAAAGCAGGGUGCGGCAAGGUGUCUAAUUUUCCCAUCGAAAGGAGCGCAGAGAGAUGAGAAGAGCUGAACAUCCCUCACCUUACUGCCCUGCACUCCUUUGCUUCCACUUAGGCACUUUUCUCUCAACCCAGCUCUCGCUUUUCACCAAAAACUUUAUCACUCACUUUAUACAUCAGGCGUGGGAACCCUGUGACCCUGCAUGUGUUGUUGUUGGACUGCAUCUCCCAUGUUUCCCGACUACUGGACAUAUCGGCUUGAGCUGAUAGGCCUUGGAGUCCAAGAACAUUUGGAGGGCCACAGGUUUACCCCGUGGUUAUAUAUGAAUGGGGCAGACACUGGAAAACCAUCCCACCCCCCAAUUUCUGCCCUGCCUCUUGUAGCUUGGCACUGUCCAGCUUUGUAUGAAAGAGGCAUGGAAGGGCUGGAUGAAAGAGGGGAAAUUAUGGGUUCAGUUUCAAACUAGUAUGAAUAAUCUGCUGGACUUGAUAGGUAGCAGAUUUAUGAAUGCCCUUGAGGAAAUACCUGUUCUCACAAAUCCUUAAUUCCCCCGUGGAUCUCAUUGCCGUGUUCUGAUAGUCUCUAGAAUAAGUUUAUUUUGAGAAGAACUGGAUAAAGCCAUUGAGGUGGCUACUAGGUCUACUAGCCAUGAUAAGAAGUGGUGCAACCCCCAUGCUUGGUGACAUCUUGAAAACCAGAUGCUGGGGAAAUAAUGAACAGGGGAUUAAUUAUCGCCAUCAAGUUCUGCUGUGGUAUCUUAACUUGUAACUCUUGGUAGACAGAACAGAGAGCCAGAUGGACAGUUGGCUUGCUGGGUGGUGAUUGUUGUUUGUGUGUCUUCCAAUUGGGGAGGAGAGCUCCAUUGGUGUCACCUUCCAGCUGAAGGCGUGCCAUCCUAAGUAACAUGUGCCAUUGCUUUUUACCCUCCUGCAGGCCUUUCCAUCUUCAUGGAGCCCAUCCUGAAGCUCAUUCCACUUUCCGUGCUCUUCGGCAUCUUCCUGUACAUGGGGGUGACAUCCCUAAAUGGGAUCCAGCUUUACGACCGAAUCCUUCUCAUGCUGAAGCCACCCAAAUACUUCCCGGAUGUGCCUUACGUUAGAAAAGUAAGCCCAGGGGAUCAGAGAAAGUAGUGCUUGGAGGUUCAGGGAGAGCUGUGGUGGACAAAACAGAUAAAUCCCCGCAGGGUAGGAACCCUACUGUUUGAAACAAUCAUAUGGGGUCCCUGAUAGUCAUGGAUAUACCUAAAGGCUUCAGUAGACCUGGUGAUCAGUUGUAGAACCUGGCCCUGUGUGUUAAUGUCAGGGCUCUAGCUGAAACUUGAAAAGUAUUCAGGAUGCCUCUGAGCAUGUAGAAAGUAUAUUUGCUUUGUCAAAUGAGUCACUCGUGGGAUAAGAGAGGGAAUGAAGUACUUUUGUGGCAGAAAAUAUAGUUUCCUGAAAAGCUGGAGCCUCUUUAGUUCUCCCCCCCCCCCAAUUGACCAUUCUUUUCUCUGAUCAUGAACCUAAAAUUUUAAGAAUCGUAGAGUUGGAAGGGGCCUGAUUUCAGCUUAACUCCAGCUGGAGGCUUGGAUCGAUAUGGGAUUCACCAUGGCUUAGUUCUGGAGUCUGUUUUCUGUGCCUUCAAACAGAACCAGAGGACAUGGGAGUCAUAACGAAGCACAAGAGUGCAUCUGAUAACAUGGCUGCCCAGUGAUACAGAGGAAGGGGGAAGGAAGGUUUGCUGGCGAGAAGAGGCAGAUGAUGGCCUCCAAGUAACAUUAAGGCCCGCCAUUCCAGUUUAGAACUUCGUUGCAAAGAAAAAUGCACUGAAAUAGCCCCAGGUGUGGCUGUAGCUCAGGGGUACAGCAUGUGCAUCACAUACAGAAACUUCCAGGUUCAGUCUCUUCAGCUAAAGAGGCCUUAGGUAGCAGUGCUGAGGCCUUGGAGAUCCAUGGCCAAUCAGAGUGAACCAGCACAGGCUAGGCGGUUUCAAUGGCCUCAAUCGGUGCUUGGCAGCUUCAUAGGAAGAUGCACACACAGAGAAAAGUUGAGGCAUACUGAAUGGUAUGACUUGGCCAUUUUAUUUUGACAGGAGGAUUGCUUCUGAACUUUCAGUGGUUUAACUGGGCUUCAUGAAUCGUAGAAUCAUGGAGUUGGAAGGGACCAUGAGGAUCAUUUAGUUCAACCUCCUGCAGUGGAGAAAUGUGAGGCUCAGACCCACGAGGGUCUCAUGCUCUACCAACAGAGCUGUCGGCUGAGAACCAUGCUUUCUAUCUGUCUACAGACCUUGGUUGUCAGGCGGAAGACAGGUAGACUGCUGACACCUCUGACUGUUUCUUGGGUCUUCUUCCUUUAAAGGUAAAGCCUUUGCGGAUGCACCUCUUCACCUUCACGCAGAUUUUGUGCCUAGUCUUGCUGUGGGUAGUGAAAUCCACCCCAGCCUCCCUCGCCUUGCCUUUCCUCCUCAUCCUGACAGUGCCUGUGAGACGCUACCUGCUGCCAUGUUUCUUCAGCAAUGUUGAACUCAAGUAUGUAAGUAUCGUUUGGCUGAGCAACAGUAGGUUUAGAUUCAGGUCUCUGCGUGGCCUAAAUAGGAAGAAGCAGGGGAACAGCUUGGGAUUUUUAGAGUGGUCCCUGUGGUAAAUGUUUGUUUAUAGAACCUGGAUUUCCCCCUAUUAGGUCACAUCCGCACCAUAUAUUUAAAGCACGCUGUUUCCCCCAAAGGAUCCUGGGAACUGUAGUUUACACCUUGCAAAGCUACCACUGCCAGCACUGUUAACAAACUACAGUUCAUCCUUUAGGAGAAGCCAUUUGCUUUACAUAUAUGCUAUGGGUGUUGUCCAUGCCAGGGAGGGGGAACCUAUGGCUUUCAAGAUGUGCUGAGACUCCAACUCCCAUCAUUUCUGGUCACUAGCCAUGCUGGCUGAAGGUCUUGGAAGCCUGGAAGUUCUCCAUUUCUGCUUUAUGAGGUGGUUUUCAAACCAUGUCCCAAGGAACUGUGGAGUGCUUUAGACGUGCUACAGGCAUUCCUCAAAUUGAAUAUUUGCGGGUGGCGCUGUGGUCUAAACCACUGAGCCUAGAGCUUGCCAAUCGCAACGGGGAGGGAAGGGGGGGGGGGAUAAAUAGGUACCACUCCGGCAGGAAGGUACACGCCGUUUCCGUGCACUACUCUGGUUUCGCCAGAAGUGGCUUAGUCAUGCUGGCCACAGGACCCGGAAAAACUGUCUGUGGACAAAUGUCGGCUCCCUCGGCCAGUAAAGCGAGAUGAGCGCCGCAACCCCAAAGUCAUUCACGACUGGACUUAACUGUCAGGGGUCCUUUACCUUUACCUUUUAAUGGCAGGCCACCUCUCCCUGAUCGCUUGCCCAUUACUACUGAUCUUCCUCUGCAUGGCACAGCUAGGAGAUGGAAGGGUUUGAGAUACAGGAGAUCCAAAAGGAAGUACUUCUCUACACAGCACAUAGUUAAACCUUGGAAUCCUCUACCACAAGAUGUGGAAGAGCACAUGUCUUGUGUCUUGAUAGCACAGCAGGGAAAGGGAGCCAUUGUCUGGGGCCUUGGAGAGUCUCUGCCAGUCAGAGCAGACAGUAUUAGGCUAGUUGGACCAAUGGCCUGUUUUGAUAUAUAACACAGCUUCAUGUGUAAUGACUGUCAAAGGCCACCUAGCCAUCCUUGACAGGCGAAAGACAUAUGUUUCUCAGAUCCAAGUAUAGUGCUCUGUUUGUUGGACCACCUCUAACGGUAUAUCUCUCCUCAAAUUUCCUUCUAGUUGGAUGCUGAUGAUGCUGAAGUGGAUUUUGAUGAGACAGAAGGCCGGGAUGUUUAUGAUGAAGUCCAGAUGCCUCUUUGAGCACACAGUGUGCUGCAUCCUUAUGACAGAUAAGGAAUGGAGAGCCCUCCCCCAAAACACCAGGCAAAAAACCCCAAACAAAACCAGAAUCUGGAGAACGUUUCCCCCUUAUGUAUGUUUAUCAGUAUACAAAAGUGGCAUACUGGUAAAUACCCCAUAG